AUGUCUCUGUUUCUCUGUCUUUAUAAAUCAACUGAGUCUCUCAAUUCAGAAGACAGCUUAUCUCUUUCUGCCUCUCUCCACAGAUUCUUUUUUUCUUUUCUUUUUUCUCUCUCUCUCUCUCUCCUCUUCAGACGAGCUUUCUUUUCCAUUGCUUAUCAACAAGAAGUCUCUCCAAAGUGCUUAUCAACAGAAGUCUCUCCAAUUCAGCUUUCUUUUCCCCACAGUGCUUAUCAACAAGAAGUCUCUCCAAUUCAGAAGUGCUUAUCAACAGAAGUCUCUCCAAUUCAGGGCUUUCUUUUCCCAAAGCUUUCUUUUCCCCACAGUGCUUAUCAACAAGAAAAGAGUCAUUUCCAAUUUUUCUUUUUAAACAGUUUAUCAUCAAAAGAGAGUCUCUCAAAUUCAGGCUUUCUUUCCCUGCAGUCUCUCCAAUUGCUUUUCUUUUCCCAACAAGAGAGUCUCUCAAUUCAGUGCUUUCUUUUCCCCCAGUGCUUAUCAACAAAAGUCUCUCCAAUUCAGAGCUUUCUUUUACAUAUCAACAAGAAUCAACAGGUUUUCAUUUUCAAGAGGAGAAACAGUGCUUAUCAACAAGAGAGUCUCUUUUGCUUUCUUUUUCCCCUUUAUAACAGAGCUUAUCAAAAAAAAAGAAGAGCUUUCUUUUCCCCACAGUGCUUAUCUCCAAUUCAGUGCUUUCUUUUCCAGUGCUUAUCAACAAGAGAGUCUCUCAAAACUUUCUUUUCCCCACAGUGCUUAUCAACAAGAGAGUCUCUCCAAUUCAUGCUUUUUUUCCCCACAGUGCUUAUCAACAAGAGAGUCUCUCCAAUUCAGAGCUUUCUUUUACAGUGCUUAUCAACAAGAGAGUCUCUCCAAUUCAGAGCUCUUUCUUUUCCCCACAGUGCUUAUCAACAAGAGAGUCUCUCUCAAUUCAGAGCUUUCUUUUUCCCCAUAGUGCUUAUCAACAAGAGAGUCUCUCAAUUCAGAGCUUUCUUUUCCUACACAGUCAACAAGAGAUUAUCAACAAGAAAGGUCCCUCUCCAAGACAGGAACCAGUUGGUUUUUUUCCCCACAGUGCUUAUCAACAAGAGAGUCUCUCCAAUUCAGAGCUUUCUUUUCCCCACAGUGCUUAUCAACAGAGAGUCUCUCCAAUUCAGUGCUUUCUUUUCCCCACAGUGCUUAUCAACAAUGGCAAAGUCUCUCCAAUUCAGGCUUUCUUUUUCCCCUAAACAGUGCUUAUCAACAAGAGUCUCUCUCCAAUUCAGAGCUUUCUUUUUUUUCAAAAGCUUUCUUUUCCCCACAGUGCUUAUCAACAAGAGAGUCUCUCCAAUUCAGGAGUGCUUAAACAGUGCUUAUCAACAAGAGAGUCUCUCAAUUCAAGCUUUCUUUUUCCCCACAGUGCUUAUCAACAAGAAGUCUCUCCAAUUCGGUAGCUUAUCAACAAGAGAGUCUUCCAAUUCAUUUGCUUUUUUCCCCAAAGUGCUUAUUCAACAAGCAGUCUCUCCAAUUUGCUUUCUUUUCCCCACAGUGCUUAUCAACAGAGUCUCUCCAAUUCAGAGCUUUCUUUUAGUGCUUAUCAACAAGAGAGUCUCUAAUUCAGAAGUCUUAGAAAGGCUUUUUUUACAGUUUAUCAACAGAGAGUCUCUCCAAUUCAGAGCUUUCUUCCCCCACAGUGCUUAUCAACAAGAGAGUCUCUCCAAUUCAGUGGUUUCUUUUCCCUACAGUGCUUAUCAACAAGAGAGUCUCUCCAAUUCCUUUCUUUUGACAUCUCUCCAAGCUUUCUUUUCCCACAGUGCUUAUCAACAAGAGAGUCUCUCCAAUUCAGAGCUUUCUUUUCAGUGCCAACAAGUGUCUUCUCAAUUCAGAGCUUUCUUUUCCCCACAGUGCUUAUCAACAGAGAGUCUCUCCAAUUCAGGCUUUCUCUUUUCCCCCACAGUGCUUAUCAACAAGAGAGUCUCUCCAAUUCAGAGUCUCUUUCUUUUCCCUAUAGUGCUUAUCAACAAGAGAGUCUCUCCAAUUCAGAGCUUUCUUUUCCCCACAGUGCUUAUCAACAAGAGAGUCUCUCCAAUUCAGAGCUUUCUUUUCCCCACAGUGCUUAUCAACAAGAGAGAUGCUUAUCAACAAAGAGAGUCUCUCCAAUUCAGAGCUUUCUUUUCCCCACAGUGCUUAUCAACAAGAGAGUCUCUCAAUUCAGAGUCUCUCUUUCUUUUCCCCACAGUGCUUAUCAACAAGAGAGUCUCUCCAAUUCAGAGCUUUCUUUUCCCCACAGUGCUUAUCAACAAGAGAGUCUCUCUCAAUUCAGUUUCUUUUCCUAUAGCUUUCUUUUCCCCACAGUGCUUAUCAACAAGAGAGUCUCUCCAAUUCAGAGAGCUUUCUUUUCUUUUUCCCACAGUGCUUAUCAACAGAGAGUCUCUCCAAUUCAGAGCUUUCUUUUCCCCCACAGUGCUUAUCAACAAGUCUCUCAAUUCAGAGCUUUUCUUUCUCUCAACAAGAGUCUCUCCAAUUCAGUGCUUUCUUUUUCCCCACAGUGCUUAUCAACAAGAGAGUCUCUCCAAUUCAGAGCUUUCUUUUCCCCACAGUGCUUAUCAACAAGAGAGUCUCUCCAAUUCAGAGCUUUCUUUUCCCCACAGUGCUUAUCAACAAGAGAGUCUCUCCAAUUCAGAGCUUUCUUUUCCCCACAGUGCUUAUCAACAAGAGAGUCUCUCCAAUUCAGUGCUUUCUUUUCCCUAUAGUGCUUAUCAACAAGAGAGUCUCUCCAAUUCAGAGCUUUCUUUUCCCCACAGUGCUUAUCAACAAGAGAGUCUCUCCAAUUCAGAGCUUUCUUUUCCCCACAGUGCUUAUCAACAAGAGAGUCUCUCCAAUUCAGUGCUUUCUUUUCCCCACAGUGCUUAUCAACAAGAGAGUCUCUCCAAUUCAGAGCUUUCUUUUCCCCACAGUGCUUAUCAACAAGAGAGUCUCUCCAAUUCAGUGCUUUCUUUUCCCCACAGUGCUUAUCAACAAGAGAGUCUCUCCAAUUCAGAGCUUUCUUUUCUCCAAUUCAGAGCUUUCUUUUCUUUUCCCACAGUGCUUAUCAACAAGAGAGUCUCUCCAAUUCAGAGCUUUCUUUUCCCCCACAGUGCUUAUCAACAAGAGAGUCUCUCCAAUUCAGAGCUUUCUUUUCCCCACAGUGCUUAUCAACAAGAGAGUCUCUCCAAUUCAGUGCUUUCUUUUCCCCACAGUGCUUAUCAACAAGAGAGUCUCUCCAAUUCAGAGCUUUCUUUUCCCCACAGUGCUUAUCAACAAGAGAGUCUCUCCAAUUCAGAGCUUUCUUUUCCCCACAGUGCUUAUCAACAAGAGAGUCUCUCCAAUUCAGAGCUUUCUUUUCCCCACAGUGCUUAUCAACAAGAGAGUCUCUCCAAUUCAGAGCUUUCUUUUCCCACAGUGCUUAUCAACAAGAGAGUCUCUCCAAUUCAGAGCUUUCUUUUCCCCACAGUGCUUAUCAACAAGAGAGUCUCUCCAAUUCAGAGCUUUCUUUUCCCCCACAGUGCUUAUCAACAAGAGAGUCUCUCCAAUUCAGAGCUUUCUUUUCCCCACAGUGCUUAUCAACAAGAGAGUCUCUCCAAUUCAGAGCUUUCUUUUUCCCCACAGUGCUUAUCAAAACAAUUCAGCUUUCUUUUCCCACAGUGCUUAUCAACUCUCCAAUUCAGAGCUUUCUUUUUUUUCAACCCCAAUUCAGUGCUUUUUUCAACAAGAGAGUCUCUCCAAUUCAGAGCUUUCUUUUUCCCCACAGUGCUUAUCAACAAGAGAGUCUCUCCAAUUCAGAGCUUUCUUUUCCCCACAGUGCUUAUCAACAAGAGAGUCUCUCCAAUUCAGAGCUUUCUUUUCCCCACAGUGCUUAUCAACAAGAGAGUCUCUCCAAUUCAGAGCUUUCUUUUCCCCACAGUGCUUAUCAACAAGAGAGUCUCUCCAAUUCAGAGCUUUCUUUUCCCCACAGUGCUUAUCAACAAGAUUCAGUCUCUCCAAUUCAGUCAGCUUUCUUUUCCUAUAGUGCUUAUCAACAAGAGUCUCUCAAUUCAGUGCUUUCUUUUCCCUACAGUGCUUAUCAACAAGAGAGUCUCUCCAAUUCAGAGCUUUCUUUUCCCAGUGCUUUUUCUCCCAACUUUCUUUUCCCAGUGCUUAUCAACAAGAGAGUCUCUCCAAUUCAGAGCUUUCUUUUCCCCACAGUGCUUAUCAACAAGAGAGUCUCUCCAAUUCAGUGCUUUCUUUUCCCUAUAUGCUUAUCAACAAGAGUCUCUCAAUUCAGAGCUUUCUUUUCCCCACAGUGCUUAUCAACAAAGAGAGUCUCUCAAUUCAGAGCUUUCUUUUCCCCACAGUGCUUAUCAACAAGAGAGUCUCUCAAUUCAGAGCUUUCUUUUCCCACAGUGCUUAUCAACAAGAGAGUCUCUCCAAUUCAGUGCUUUCUUUUCCCCACAGUGCUUAUCAACAAGAAGUCUCUCAAUUCAGAGCUUUCUUUUCCCCAGUGCUUAUCAGAGUCUCUCAAUAUCAGAGCUUUCUUUUUUCCCCCACAGUGCUUAUCAACAAGAAGUCUCUCUCAAUUCAGUCUUUCUUUUCCAAGUGCUUUCAACAGAGUCUCUUUCUUUCUUUUCCCACAGUGCUUAUCAACAAGAGAGUCUCUCAAUUCAGAGCUUUCUUUUCCCCACAGUGCUUAUCAACAAGAGAGUCUCUCCAAUUCAGUGCUUUCUUUUCCCCACAGUGCUUAUCAACAGAGUCUCUCCAAUUCAGAGCUUUCUUUUCCCCACAGUGCUUAUCAACAAGAGAGUCUCUCCAAUUCAGUGCUUUCUUUCCCUACAGUGCUUAUCAACAAGAGAGUCUCCAAUUCAGAGCUUUCUUUUUCCCACAGUGCUUAUCAACAAAGAGUCUCUCCAAUUCAGAGCUUUCUUUUUCCCACAGUGCUUAUCAACAAGAGAGUCUCUCCAAUUCAGAGCUUUCUUUUCCCCACAGUGCUUAUCAACAAGAGAGUCUCUCAAUUCAGAGCUUUCUUUUUCCCACAGUGCUUAUCAACAAGAGAGUCUCUCUCAAUUCAGAGCUUUCUUUUUCAGUGCUUAUCAACAAGAGUCUCUCAAUUCAGAGGUUUCUUUUCUAUAUAGUCUCUCUCAAUUCAGUGCUUUCUUUUCCCCACAGUGCUUAUCAACAAGAGAGUCUCUCAAUUCAGAGCUUUCUUUUCCCCCAGUGCUUAUCAACAAGAGAGUCUCUCUCAAUUCAGAGCUUUCUUUUCCCCACAGUGCUUAUCAACAAGAGAGUCUCUCCAAUUCAGAGCUUUCUUUUCCCCACAGUGCUUAUCAACAAGAGAGUCUCUCCAAUUCAGUGCUUUCUUUUCAGUUUAUCAACAAGAGAGUCUCUCAAUUCAGUGCUUUCUUUUCCCCACAGUGCUUAUCAACAAGAGAGUCUCUCCAAUUCAGAGCUUUCUUUUCCCCACAGUGCUUAUCAACAAGAGAGUCUCUCCAAUUCAGAGCUUUCUUUUCCCCACAGUGCUUAUCAACAAGAGAGUCUCUCCAAUUCAGAGCUUUCUUUUCCCCACAGUGCUUAUCAACAGAGAGUCUCUCCAAUUCAGAGCUUUCUUUUCCCACAGUGCUUAUCAACAAGAGAGUCUCUCCAAUUCAGAGCUUUCUUUUUCCCUACAGUGCUUAUCAACAAGAGAGUCUCUCCAAUUCAGAGCUUUCUUUUCCCCACAGUGCUUAUCAACAAGAGAGUCUCUCCAAUUCAGAGCUUUCUUUUCCCCACAGUGCUUAUCAACAAGAGAGUCUCUCCAAUUCAGAGCUUUCUUUUUCCCCACAGUGCUUAUCAACAGAGUCUCUCCAAUUCAGAGUGCUUAUCAACAAGUCUCUCAAGCUUUCUUUUCCCCACAGUGCUUAUCAACAGAGAGUCUCUCCAAUUCAGAGCUUUCUUUUCCCCAUAGUGCUUAUCAACAGAGAGUCUCUCCAAUUCAGAGCUUUCUUUUCCCCACAGUGCUUAUCAACAAGAGAGUCAAUUCAGUGCUUUCUUUUCCAAUUCAGAGUCUCUCAAUUCUUUCUUUUCCCCACAGUGCUUAUCAACAAUAGAGUCUCUCCAAUUCAGAGCUUUCUUUUCCCCACAGUGCUUAUCAACAAGAGAGUCUCUCCAAUUCAGUGCUUUCUUUUCCCUAUAGUGCUUAUCAACAAGAGAGUCUCUCCAAUUCAGAGCUUUCUUUUCCCCACAGUGCUUAUCAACAAGAGAGUCUCUCCAAUUCAGAGCUUUCUUUUCCCCACAGUGCUUAUCAACAAGAGAGUCUCUCAAUUCAAGCUUUCUUUUUUCUUAUCAACAAGUCUCUCCAAUUUCUUUCUUUUCCCUACAGUGCUUAUCAACAAGAGAGUCUCUCAAUUCAGAGCUUUCUUUUCCCCACAGUGCUUAUCAACAAGAAGUCUCUCCAAUUCAGAGCUUUCUUUUCCCCACAGUGCUUAUCAACAAGAGAGUCUCAAUUCAGAGCUUUCUUUUCCCCACAGUGCUUAUCAACAAGAGAGUCUCUCCAAUUCAGAGCUUUCUUUUCCCCACAGUGCUUAUCAACAAGAGAGUCUCUCCAAUUCAGAGCUUUCUUUUCCCCACAGUGCUUAUCAACAAGAGAGUCUCUCCAAUUCAGUGCUUUCUUUUCCCCACAGUGCUUAUCAACAAGAGAGUCUCUCCAAUUCAGGGCUUUCUUUUCCCCACAGUGCUUAUCAACAAGAGAGUCUCUCAAUUCAGAGCUUUUCUUUUCCCACAGUGCUUAUCAACAAGAGAGUCUCUCCAAUUCAGAGCUUUCUUUUCCCCACAGUGCUUAUCAACAAGAGAGUCUCUCCAAUUCAGAGCUUUCUUUUCCCCACAGUGCUUAUCAACAAGAGAGUCUCUCCAAUUCAGUGCUUUCUUUUCCCCACAGUGCUUAUCAACAAACUUUCUUUUUCCCCACAGUGCUUUCAACAAGAGUCUCUCCAAUUCAGUGCUUUCUUUUCCCCCAGUGCUUAUCAACAGAGUCUCUCAAUUUCUUUUUUCCCCACAGUGCUUAUCAACAAGAGAGUCUCUCAAUUCAGAGCUUUCUUUUCCCCACAGUGCUUAUCAACAAGAGAGUCUCUCCAAUUCAGGCUUUCUUUUCCCCACAGUGCUUAUCAACAAGAGAGUCUCUCCAAUUCAGAGCUUUCUUUUUCCCCACAGUGCUUAUCAACAGAGUCUCUCAAUUCAGCUUUCUUUUCCCCAAUUCAGAGUCUUUCUUUCUCCCCACAGUGCUUAUCAACAAGAGAGUCUCUCCAAUUCAGAGCUUUCUUUUCCCCACAGUGCUUAUCAACAAUAGAGUCUCUCCAAUUCAGAGCUUUCUUUUCCCCACAGUGCUUAUCAACAAGAGAGUCUCUCAAUUCAGUGCUUUCUUUUCCCUAUACAGUGCUUAUCAACAAGAGAGUCUCUCCAAUUCAGAGCUUUCUUUUCCCCACAGUGCUUAUCAACAAGAGAGUCUCUCCAAUUCAGAGCUUUCUUUUCCCCACAGUGCUUAUCAACAAUAGAGUCUCUCCAAUUCAGAGCUUUCUUUUCCCCACAGUGCUUAUCAACAAGAGAGUCUCUCCAAUUCAGAGCUUUCUUUUCCCCACAGUGCUUAUCAACAAGAGAGUCUCUCCAAUUCAGUGCUUUCUUUCCCCACAGUGCUUAUCAACAAGAGAGUCUCUCCAAUUCAGAGCUUUCUUUUCCCCACAGUGCUUAUCAACAAGAGAGUCUCUCAAUUCAGUGCUUUCUUUUCCCCACAGUGCUUAUCAACAAGAGAGUCUCUCCAAUUCUUUUUUCCCCACAGUGCUUUUCUCUUUCAGAGCUUUCCCACAGUGCUUAUCAACAAAGAGUCUCUCCAAUUCAGUGCUUUCUUUUCCCCACAGUGCUUAUCAACAAGAGAGUCUCUCCAAUUCACAGCUUUCUUUUCCCCACAGUGCUUAUCAACAAGAGAGUCUCUCCAAUUCACAGCUUUCUUUUCCCCACAGUGCUUAUCAACAAGAGAGUCUCUCCAAUUCAGAGCUUUCUUUUCCCCACAGUGCUUAUCAACAAGAGAGUCUCUCAAUUCAGAGCUUUCUUUCCCCACAGUGCUUAUCAACAAGAGAGUCUCUCCAAUUCAAGAGCUUUCUUUUCCCACAGUGCUUAUCAACAAGAGAGUCUCUCCAAUUCAGAGCUUUCUUUUCCCCACAGUGCUUAUCAACAAGAGAAGCUUUCUUUUCCCCACAGUGCUUAUCAACAAGAGAGUCUCUCCAAUUCAGGUCUCUGCUUUCUUUUUCCCCACAGUGCUUAUCAACAAGAGAGUCUCUCCAAUUCAGUCUCUCAAUUUUCUUUUCCCCCACAGUGCUUAUCAACAAUAGAGUCUCUCCAAUUCAGAGCUUUUUUUCCCCACAGUGCUUAUCAACAAGAGAGUCUCUCCAAUUCAGAGCUUUCUUUCCCCCACAGUGCUUAUCAACAAUAGAGUCUCUCCAAUUCAGUGCUUUCUUUCCCCCACAGUGCUUAUCAACAAGAGAGUCUCUCCAAUUCAGAGCUUUCUUUUCCCCACAGUGCUUAUCAACAAGAGAGUCUCUCAAUUCAGCUUUCUUUUCCCCACAGUGCUUAUCAACAAGAGAGUCUCUCAAUUCAAUUCAGGGUCUCUUUCUUUUUCCCCACAGUGCUUAUCAACAGAGAGUCUCUCCAAUUCAGAGCUUUCUUUUCCCCACAGUGCUUAUCAACAAGAGAGUCUCUCUCAAUUCAGAGCUUUCUUUUCCCCACAGUGCUUAUCAACAAGAGAGUCUCUCCAAUUCAGAGUGCUUUCAAUUCAGAGCUUUUUCCCCACAGUGCUUAUCAACAGAGAGUCUCUCCAAUUCAGAGCUUUCUUUUUCCCCACAGUGCUUAUCAACAAGAGAGUCUCUCAAUUCAGAGCUUUCUUUUUCCCCACAGUGCUUAUCAACAAGAGAGUCUCUCUCAAUUCAGAGCUUUCUUUUCCCCACAGUGCUUAUCAACAAGAGAGUCUCCAAUUCAGCUUUCUUUCUUUCCAAUUCAAGAGAGUCUCCAAUUCUUUCUUUUCCCCACAGUGCUUAUCAACAAGAGAGUCUCUCCAAUUCAGAGCUUUCUUUUCCCCACAGUGCUUAUCAACAAGAGAGUCUCUCCAAUUCAGAGCUUUCUUUUCCCCACAGUGCUUAUCAACAGAGUCUCUCCAAUUCAGAGCUUUCUUUUCCCCCACAGUGCUUUAUCAAACAAGAGAGUCUCUCCAAUUCUUUUUCUUUCCCCACAGUGCUUAUCAGAGUCUCUUCAAUUCAGAGCUUUUUUCCCCACAGUGCUUAUCAUCAACAAGAGAGUCUCUCCAAUUCAGAGCUUUCUUUUCCCCACAGUGCUUAUCAACAAAAGAGAGUCUCUCAAUUCAAGCUUUCUUUUUCAGUGCUUAUCAACAAGAGUCUCUCAAUUCAGGCUUUCUUUUCCCCACAGUGCUUAUCAACAAGAGAGUCUCUCCAAUUCAGAGCUUUCUUUUCCCCACAGUGCUUAUCAACAAGAGAGUCUCUCCAAUUCAGAGCUUUCUUUUCCCCACAGUGCUUAUCAACUAGAGAGUCUCUCCAAUUCAGGGCUUUCUUUUCCCCACAGUGCUUAUCAACAAUAGAGUCUCUCCAAUUCAGAGCUUUCUUUUCCCCACAGUGCUUAUCAACAGAGAGUCUCUCAAGCUUCUUUUUCCCCAAGUGCUUAUCAACAGAGAGUCUCUCCAAUUCUUUCUUUUCCCCACAGUGCUUAUCAACAAGAGAGUCUCUCAAUUCAGAGCUUUCUUUUCCCCACAGUGCUUAUCAACAAGAGUCUCUCCAAUUCAGAGCUUUCUUUUCCCACAGUGCUUAUCAACAAGAGAGUCUCUCCAAUUCAGGGCUUUCUUUUUCCCCACAGUGCUUAUCAACAAGAGAGUCUCUCCAAUUCAGGCUUUCUUUUCCCACAGUGCUUAUCAACAAGAGAGUCUCUCCAAUUCAGAGCUUUCUUUUCCCCACAGUGCUUAUCAACAAGAGAGUCUCUCCAAUUCAGAGCUUUCUUUUCCCCACAGUGCUUAUCAACAAGAGAGUCUCUCCAAUUCAGAGCUUUUCAUGCUUAUCAACAAGAGAGUCUCUCCAAUUCAAGGCUUUCUUUUCCCCACAGUGCUUAUCAACAAGAGAGUCUCUCAAUUCAGAGCUUUCUUUUCCCACAGUGCUUAUCAACAAGAGAGUCUCUCCAAUUCAGUGCUUUCUUUUCCCCACAGUGCUUAUCAACAAUAGAGUCUCUCCAAUUCUUUUCCUUUCUUUUCCCCCACAGUGCUUAUCAACAAAGAGUCUCUCAAUUCAGAGCUUUCUUUUCCCCACAGUGCUUAUCAACAAGAGAGUCUCAAUUCAGAGCUUUCUUUUCCCCACAGUGCUUAUCAACAAGAAAGUCUCUCCAAUUCAGAGCUUUCUUUUCCCCACAGUGCUUAUCAACAAGAGAGUCUCUCAAUUCAGAGCUUUCUUUCCCCACAGUGCUUAUCAACAAGAGAGUCUCUCAAUUCAGGGCUUUCUUUUCCCCACAGUGCUUAUCAACAAGUCUCUCAAUUCAGACUUUCUUUUCCCCACAGUGCUUAUCAACAAGAGAGUCUCUCCAAUUCAGUGCUUUCUUUUCCCACAGUGCUUAUCAACAAGAGAGUCUCUCCAAUUCAGAGCUUUCUUUUCCCCACAGUGCUUAUCAACAGUCUCUCCAAUUCAGAGCUUUCUUUUCCCAAGUGCUUUCAGAGUCUCUCAAUUCCACAGUGCUUUUCCCCACAGUGCUUAUCAACAAGAGAGUCUCUCCAAUUCAUCAACAAAGAGAGUCUUUUCUUUCCCACAGUGCUUAUCAACAAGAGAGUCUCUCAAUUCAGAGCUUUCUUUUCCCCACAGUGCUUAUCAACAAGAGAGUCUCUCAAUUCAGAGCUUUCUUUUCCCACAGUGCUUAUCAACAAAGAGUCUCUCAAUUCCAGAGCUUUCUUUUCCCCACAGUGCUUAUCAACAAGAGAGUCUCUCCAAUUCAGUGCUUUCUUUUCCCCCACAGUGCUUAUCAACAGAGAGUCUCUCCAAUUCAGUGCUUUCUUUUCCUUUCCCCACAGUGCUUAUCAACAAGAGUCUCUCCAAUUCAGAGCUUUCUUUUCCCCACAGUGCUUAUCAACAAGAGAGAGUCUCCAAUUCAGUGCUUUCUUUCCACAGUGCUUAUCAACAAGAGUCUCUCAAUUCAGAGCUUUCUUUUCCCCACAGUGCUUAUCAACAAGAGAGUCUCUCCAAUUCAGAGCUUUCUUUUUCCCCACAGUGCUUAUCAACAAGAGAGUCUCUCCAAUUCAGAGCUUUCUUUUCCCCACAGUGCUUAUCAACAAGAGUCUCUCUCAAUUCAGCUGACAAAGAGAGUCUUUUUUUCCCCACAGUGCUUAUCAACAAGAGAGUCUCUCAAUUCAAUUCAGUGCUUAUCAACAAGAGAGUCUCUUUCUUUUCCCCACAGUGCUUAUCAACAAGAGAGUCUCUCUCAAUUCAGUGCUUUUCUUUUCCCCACAGUGCUUAUCAACAAGAGAGUCUCUCCAAUUCAGAGCUUUCUUUUCCCCACAGUGCUUAUCAACAAGAGUCUCUCCAAUUCCUUUCUUUCCCCACAGUGCUUAUCAACAAGAGAGUCUCUCCAAUUCAGAGCUUUCUUUUCCCCACAGUCAACAAGAGAGCAAUUCAUCCCAACAUCAACAAGAGAGUCUCUCAAUUCAGUGCUUUCUUUUCCCCACAGUGCUUAUCAACAAGAGAGUCUCUCUCAAUUCAGAGCUUUCUUUUCCCCACAGUGCUUAUCAACAAGAGAGUCUCUCCAAUUCAGAGCUUUCUUUUUCCCACAGUGCUUAUCAACAAAGAGUCUCUCCAAUUCAAUUCAGAGUCUCUUUCUUUUCCCCACAGUGCUUAUCAACAAGAGAGUCUCUCCAAUUCAGAGCUUUCUUUUCCCACAGUGCUUAUCAACAAGAGAGUCUCUCCAAUUCAGGGCUUUCUUUUCCCCACAGUGCUUAUCAACAGAGUCUCUCCAAAGAGUCUUUCCCCCAGUGCUUUCAACAGAGAGUCUCUCCUUUCUUUUCCCCCAGUGCUUAUCAACAAGAGAGUCUCUCCAAUUCAGAGCUUUCUUUUCCCCACAGUGCUUAUCAACAAGAGAGUCUCUCCAAUUCAGAGCUUUCUUUUCCCCACAGUGCUUAUCAACAAGAGAGUCUCUCCAAUUCAGGCUUUCUUUUCCCCACAGUGCUUAUCAACAAGAGGUCUCUCCAAUUCAGUGCUUUCUUUUCCCCACAGUGCUUAUCAACAAGAGAGUCUCUCCAAUUCAAGAGCUUUCUUUUCCCCACAGUGCUUAUCAACAAUCUCCAAUUCAGGCUUUCUUUUCCCCACAGUGCUUAUCAACAGAGAGUCUCUCCAAUUCAGUGCUUUUCUUUUCCCCACAGUGCUUAUCAACAAGAGAGUCUCUCCAAUUCAGAGCUUUCUUUUCCCCACAGUGCUUAUCAACAAUAGAGUCUCCAAUUCAGGCUUUCUUUUCCCCACAGUGCUUAUCAACAAGAGAGUCUCUCCAAUUCAGUGCUUUCUUUUCCCUAUAGUGCUUAUCAACAAGAGAGUCUCUCCAAUUCAGAGCUUUCUUUUCCCCACAGUGCUUAUCAACAAGAGAGUCUCUCAAUUCAGAGCUUUCUUUUCCCACAGUGCUUAUCAACAAGAGAUGCUUAUCAACAGAGAGUCUCUCCAAUUCAGAGCUUUCUUUUCCCCACAGUGCUUAUCAACAAGAGAGUCUCUCCAAUUCAGUGCUUUCUUUUCCCCAGUGCUUAUCAACAAUAGAGUCUCUCCAAUUGCUUAUCAACAAGAGAGUCUCUCCAAUUCAGAGCUUUCAAUUUUUCCCCACAGUGCUUAUCAACAAGAGAGUCUCUCAAUUCAGAGCUUUUUCCCCCAUAGUGCUUAUCAACAAGAGAGUCUCUCAAUUCACAGCUUUUCUUUUCCCCACAGUGCUUUUCCCCACAGGCUUUGCUUUUUAGUCAACAAGAGUCUCUCAAUUCAAGCUUUCUUUUCCCACAGUGCUUAUCAACAAGAGAGUCUCUCCAAUUCAGAGCUUUCUUUUUUUUCCCCAUUCAGUGCUUAUCAACAAGAGAGUCUCUCAAUUCAGAGCUUUCUUUUCCCCAACAGUGCUUAUCAACAAGAGAGUCUCUCCAAUUCAGAGUCUCUUUCUUUUCCCCACAGUGCUUAUCAACAAGAGAGUCUCUCCAAUUCAGUGCUUUCUUUUCCCCACAGUGCUUAUCAACAAAGAGUCUCUCCAAUUCAGAGCUUUCUUUUCCCCACAGUGCUUAUCAACAAGAGAGUCUCUCCAAUUCAGAACUUUCUUUUCCCCACAGUGCUUAUCAACAAAGAGUCUCUCCAAUUCAGUGCUUUCUUUUCCCCACAGUGCUUAUCAACAAGAGAGUCUCUCCAAUUCUUUUCUUUUCCCACAGUGCUUAUCAACAAGAGAUGCUUAUCAACAAGAGAGUCUCUCAAUUCUUUCUUUUCCCCAAUUCAACAAGAGAGUCUCUCAAUUCACAGCUUUCUUUUUCCCACAGUGCUUAUCAACAAGAGAGUCUCUCAAUUCACAGCUUUCUUUUCCCAUAGUGCUUAUCAACAAGAGAGUCUCUCCAAUUCAGGCUUUCUUUUCCCCCACAGUGCUUAUCAACAAGUCUCUCAAUUCAGAGCUUUCUUCCCCCAGUGCUUAUUCAGAGUCUCUCCAAUUUUCUUUUCCCCACAGUGCUUAUCAACAAGAGAGUCUCUCCAAUUCAGAGCUUUCUUUUUCCCCACAGUGCUUAUCAACAAGAGAGUCUCUCCAAUUCAGAGCUUUCUUUUCCCCACAGUGCUUAUCAACAAGAGAGAGUCUCUCCAAUUCAGAGCUUUUCUUUUCCCACAGUGCUUAUCAACAAGAGUCUCUCAAUUCAGAGCUUUCUUUUUCCCACAGUGCUUAUCAACAAGAGAGUCUCUCCAAUUCAGUGCUUUCUUUUCCCCACAGUGCUUAUCAACAAGAGUCUCUCAAUUCAGAGCUUUCUUUUUCAGUGCUUUUUCCCAAUUCAGAGCUUUCUUUUCCCCACAGUGCUUAUCAACAAUAGAGUCUCUCCAAUUCAGGCUUUCUUUUCCCCACAGUGCUUAUCAACAGAGCUUUCUCCCCAAGUGCUUUCAGAGUCUCUCUUUCUUUUUCCCCACAGUGCUUAUCAACAAAGAGUCUCUCCAAUUCAGAUGCUUUCUUUUCCCCACAGUGCUUAUCAACAAGAGAGUCUCUCCAAUUCAGAGCUUUCUUUUCCCCACAGUGCUUAUCAACAAGAGAGUCUCUCCAAUUCAGAGCUUUCUUUUCCCCACAGUGCUUAUCAACAAGAGAGUCUCUCAAUUCAGGCUUUCUUUUCCCCACAGUGCUUAUCAACAAGAGAGUCUCUCCAAUUCAGUGCUUUCUUUUCCCCACAGUGCUUAUCAACAAGAGAGUCUCUCCAAUUCAGAGCUUUCUUUUCCCCACAGUGCUUAUCAACAAGAGAGUCUCUCAAUUCAGAGCUUUCUUUUCCCCACAGUGCUUAUCAACAAGAGAGUCUCUCCAAUUCAGUGCUUUCUUUUCCCUAUAGUGCUUAUCAACAAGAGAGUCUCUCCAAUUCAGAGCUUUCUUUUUCCCCACAGUGCUUAUCAACAAGAGAGUCUCUCCAAUUCAGAGCUUUCUUUUCCCCACAGUGCUUAUCAACAAGAGUCUCUCCAAUUCAGAGCUUUUCUUUUCCCCACAGUGCUUAUCAACAAGAGAGUCUCUCAAUUCAGAGCUUUCUUUUCCCUACAGUGCUUAUCAACAAGAGUCUCUCCAAUUCAAGCUUUCUUUUCAGUGCUUAUCAACUUUCAGUGCUUUCCUUUCUUUUCCCCACAGUGCUUAUCAACAAGAGAGUCUCUCCAAUUCAGUGCUUUCUUUUCCCCACAGUGCUUAUCAACAAAGAGAGUCUCUCCAAUUCAGAGCUUUCUUUUCCCCAGUGCUUAUCAACAAGAGAGUCUCUCCAAUUCAGAGCUUUCUUUUCCCCACAGUGCUUAUCAACAAAGAGUCUUCCAAUUCAGAGCUUUCUUUUCCCCACAUUCAACAAGAGAGUCUCUCCAAUUCUUUUUCCCCACAGUGCUUAUCAACAAGAGAGUCUCUCCAAUUCAGAGCUUUCUUUUCCCCACAGUGCUUAUCAACAAGAGAGUCUCUCUCCAAUUCACAGUGCUUUCUUUUCCCCACAGUGCUUAUCAACAAGAGAGUCUCUCCAAUUCAGAGCUUUCUUUUCCCCCACAGUGCUUAUCAACAAGAGAGUCUCUCAAUUCAGAGCUUUUCUUUCCCCCACAGUGCUUAUCAACAAGAGAGUCUCUCCAAUUCAGAGAGCUUUUCUUUUUCCCCACAGUGCUUAUCAACAAGAGAGUCUCUCCAAUUCAGUGCUUUCUUUUCCCCCAUAGUGCUUAUCAACAAGAGAGUCUCUCCAAUUCAGGCUUUCUUUUCCCCACAGUGCUUAUCAACAAGAGAGUCUCUCCAAUUCAGAGUCUCUUCCACCAGAGCUUUUUUUUUCCCAAGAGUCUCUCCAGUGAACUUAUCAGUGCUUAUCAACAAGAGAGUCUCUCAAUUCAGUGCUUUCUUUUCCUAUAUGCAAUUAGCUUUCUUUUCAACAAGAGAGUCUCUCCAAUUCAGUGCUUUCUUCCCCACAGUGCUUAUCAACAAGAGUCUCUCCAAUUCAGGCUUUCUUUUCCCCACAGUGCUUAUCAACAAGAGAGUCUCUCCAAUUCAGAGCUUUCUUUUCCCCACAGUGCUUAUCAACAAGAGUCUCUCCAAUUCAGAGCUUUCUUUUCCCCACAGUGCUUAUCAACAAGAGAGUCUCUCCAAUUCAGAGCUUUCUUUUUUUUUCUCUCCAAUUCAGAGCUUUCUUUUCCCACAGUGCUUAUCAACAAGAGUUCUCCAAUUCAGAGCUUUCUUUUCCCCACAGUGCUUAUCAACAAGAGUCUCUCAAUUCUCUCCAAUUCAACAGAGCUUUCUUUUCCCCACAGUGCUUAUCAACAAGAGAGUCUCUCAAUUCAGUGCUUUCUUUUCCCCAUAGUGCUUAUCAACAAGAGAGUCUCUCAAUUCAGAGCUUUCUUUCCCCAUAGUGCUUAUCAACAAGAGAGUCUCUCCAAUUCAGAGCUUUCUUUCCCCUUAUCAACAAGAGUCUCUAUCAACAAGAGAGUCUCUCAAUUCACAGCUUUCUUUUUUCCCCCACAAUUAACUUAUCAGCUUUCAAUUUUUCCCCAUAGUGCUUAUCAACAAAGAGUCUCUCAAUUCAGAGCUUUUUUCUAUAGUGCUUAUUCUCUUUCCUUUCUUUUUUAUAGUGCUUAUCAACAAGAGAGUCUCUCCAAUUCAGAGCUUUCUUUUCCCCACAGUGCUUAUCAACAAGAGAGUCUCUCCAAUUCAGUGCUUUCUUUUCCCCACAGUGCUUAUCAACAAAGAGAGUCUCUCAAUUCAAGCUUUCUUUUUGCUUAUCAACUUUCUCUCAAUUCAGGCUUUCUUUUCCCCCAGUGCUUAUCAACAAGAGAAGCUUUCUUUUCCCCACAGUGCUUAUCAACAAGAGAGUCUCUCCAAUUCAGAGCUUUCUUUUCCCCACAGUGCUUAUCAACAAAGAGUCUCUCCAAUUCAGAGCUUUCUUUUCCCCACAGUGCUUAUCAACAAGAGAGUCUCUCCAAUUCAGUCUCUCAAUUCAGAGCUUUCUUUUCCCCACAGUGCUUAUCAACAAGAGAGUCUCUCAAUUCAGAGCUUUCUUUUCCCCACAGUGCUUAUCAACAAGAGAGUCUCUCCAAUUCAGGCUUUCUUUUCCCCAUAGUGCUUAUCAACAAGAGAGUCUCUCCAAUUCAGAGCUUUCUUUUCCCCACAGUGCUUAUCAACAAGAGAGUCUCUCAAUUCAGAGCUUUCUUUUCUUUUCAAGAGAGUCCCAUUCAGUGCUUAUCAAUUUUUCUUUUAGUCUCAAAGAGUCUCUCCAAUUCAGUGCUUUCUUUUUUUCCCUCAAUUCAGAGUGCUUAUCAACAGAGAGUCUCUCCAAUUCAGAGCUUUCUUUUCCCUACAGUGCUUUUCUCCCAGUGCUUUCUUUUUCCCCACAGUGCUUAUCAACAGAGAGUCUCUCCAAUUCAGAGCUUUCUUUUCCCCACAGUGCUUCAAUUCAGAACAACAAGAGUCUCUCCAAUUCAGAGCUUUCUUUUCCCUAUAGUGCUUAUCAACAAGAGAGUCUCUCCAAUUCAGAGCUUUCUUUCUUUCCCCAUUCAGUGCUUAUCAACAAGAGAGUCUCUCCAAUUCAGAGCUUUCUUUUCCCCACAGUGCUUAUCAACAAGAGAGUCUCUCAAUUCAGCUUUCUUUUCCCCACAGUGCUUAUCAACAAGAGAGUCUCUCAAUUCGGUGCUUUCUUUUCCCCACAGUGCUUAUCAACAAGAGAGUCUCUCCAAUUCAGGCUUUCUUUUCCCCACAGUGCUUAUCAACAAGAGAGUCUCUCCAAUUCAGGCUUUCUUUUUUCCCCACAGUGCUUAUCAACAAGAGUCUCUCUCAAUUCAGAGCUUUCUUUUUCCCACAGUGCUUAUCAACAAAGAGUCUCUCCAAUUCAGCUUUCUUUUUCCCCACAGUGCUUUAUCAACAGUGAGUCUCUCCAAUUCCAGCUUUCUUUUCCCCACAGUGUAUCAACAGAGAGUCUCUCAAUUCUUUCUUUUCCCACAGUGCUUAUCAACAAGAGUCUCUCCAAUUCAGAACUUUCUUUUCCCCACAGUGCUUAUCAACAAGAGUCUCUCCAAUUCAGGCUUUCUUUUCCCCAGUGCUUAUCAACAAGAGAGUCUCUCCAAUUCAGGCUUUCUUUUCCCACAGUGCUUAUCAACAAGAGAGUCUCUCAAUUCAGUGCUUUCUUUUCCCCAUAGUGCUUAUCAACAGAGAGUCUCUCCAAUUCAGAGCUUUCUUUUCCCCACAGUGCUUAUCAACAAGAGAGUCUCUCAAUUCAGCUUAUCAACAAGAGAGUUUCAAUUCAGAGCUUUUUCCCCCACAGUGCUUAUCAACAGAGAGUCUCUCCAAUUCAGAGCUUUCUUUUCCCCACAGUGCUUAUCAACAAGAGAGUCUCUCCAAUUCAGUGCUUUUCUUUUCAACAGAGAGUCUCUCAAUUCAGUGCUUUCUUUUCCCCACAGUGCUUAUCAACAAGAGAGUCUCUCCAAUUCAGAGCUUUCUUUCCCCACAGUGCUUAUCAAGAGAGUCUCUCCAAUUCAGAGCUUUCUUUUCCCCACAGUGCUUAUCAACAAGAGAGUCUCUCCAAUUCAGAGCUUUCUUUUCCCCACAGUGCUUAUCAACAAAGUCUCUCCAAUUCAGAGCUUUCUUUCCCCACAGUGCUUAUCAACAAGAGAGUCUCUCAAUUCAGUGCUUUUUUUCCUACAGUGCUUAUCAACAAGAGAGUCUCUCAAUUCAGAGCUUUCUUUUCCCCACAGUGCUUAUCAACAAGAGAUGCUUAUCAACAAUAGAGUCUCUCAAUUCAGAGCUUUCUUUCUUUUCCCCACAGUGCUUAUCAACAAGAGAGUCUCUCCAAUUCAGAGCUUUCUUUUCCCCACAGUGCUUAUCAACAAGAGUCUCUCUCCAAUUCAGUGUUUUCUUUUCCCUAUAGUGCUUAUCAACAGAGAGUCUCUCAAUUCAGAGCUUUCUUUUUUCCCCACAGUGCUUAUCAACAAGAAGUGCUUAUCAACAGAGAGUGAGUCUCUCCAAUUCAGAGCUUUCUUUUUCCCCACAGUGCUUAUCAACAAGAGAGUCUCUCAAUUCAGUGCUUUCUUUUCCCCACAGUGCUUAUCAACAAGAGUCUCUCAAUUCAGAGCUUUCUUUUUUCCCCAAUUCAGUGCUUAUCAACAAGAGUCUCUCAAUUCAGGCUUUCUUUUCCCCACAGUGCUUAUCAACAGAGAGUCUCUCCAAUUCAGAGCUUUCUUUUUCCCACAGUGCUUAUCAACAAGAGAGUCUCUCCAAUUCAGAGCUUUCUUUUCCCACAGUGCUUAUCAACAAGAGAGUCUCUCCAAUUCAGAAUUUUCUUUUCCCUAUAGUGCUUAUCAACAGAGAGUCUCUCCAAUUCAGAGCUUUCUUUUUGCUUAUCAACAAGAGAGUCUCUCAAUUCAGCUUUCUUUUCCCCACAGUGCUUAUCAACAAGAGAGUCUCUCCAAUUCAGGGCUUUCUUUUCCCCACAGUGCUUAUCAACAAGAGAGUCUCUCCAAUUCAGAGCUUUCUUUUCCCCAUAGUGCUUAUCAACAAGAGUCUCUCCAAUUCAGAGCUUUUCUUUUCCCACAGUUUAUCAACAAGAGUCUCUCUCAAUUCAGUGCUUUCUUUUUAUCUUAUCAAAGAGAGUCUCUCCAAUUCAGAGCUUUCUUUUCCCCACAGUGCUUAUCAACAAGAGAGUCUCUCCAAUUCAGAUGCUUUUUUUCCCCCAGUGCUUAUCAACAAGAGAGUCUCUCCAAUUCAGUUUUCUUUUCCCACAGUGCUUAUUCUCUCCAAUUCAGCUUUCUUUUCCCGAGUGCUUAUCAACAAGAGUCUCUCUCAAUUCAGAGCUUUCUUUUCCCCACAAUUCAAAGUCUCAAUUCAGUGCUUUCUUUUCCUAUAGUGCUUAUCAACAAAGAGUCUCUCAAUUCAGAGCUUUCUUUUCCCCACAGUGCUUAUCAACAAAGAGUCUCUCCAAUUCAGAGCUUUCUUUUCCCCACAGUGCUUAUCAACAGAGUCUCUCAAUUCAGAGCUUUCUUUUUCCCCACAGUGCUUAUCAACAAGAGAGUCUCUCCAAUUCAGAGCUUUCUUUUCCCACAGUGCUUAUCAACAGAGAUGCUUAUCAACAAGUCUCUCAAUUCAGAGCUUUCUUUUCCCCAUAGUGCUUAUCAACAGUCUCUCCAAUUCAGAGCUUUCUUUUCCCCACAGUGCUUAUCAACAAGAGAGUCUCUCCAAUUCCAGUGCUUUCUUUUCCCUAUAUGCUUAUCAACAAGAGAGUCUCUCAAUUCAGAGCUUUCUUUUUACAGUGCUUAUCAACAAGAGAGUCUCUCAAUUCAGUGCUUUCUUUUUCCCCAACAAGAGUGUCUCUAUUCAACUUUCUUUUCCAAUAGUGCUUAUCAACUCUCCAAUUCAGUGGUUUCUUUCCCCACAGUGCUUAUCAACAGAGAGUCUCUCUCAAUUCAGAGCUUUCUUUUCCCUAUAGUGCUUAUCAUCAACAGAGUCUCUCCAAUUCAAGUGCUUUCUUUUCCCCACAGUGCUUAUCAACAAAGAGUCUCUCCAAUUCUUUCUCCCCAAGUGCUUUCAACAAAUGCUUAUCAACAAGAGAGUCUCUCAAUUCAUGCUUUCUUUUCCCCACAGUGCUUAUCAACAACAGAGUCUCUCAAUUCUCUCCCCAAUUCAGAGCUUUCUUUUCCCCAUAGUGCUUAUCAACAAGAGAGUCUCUCCAAUUCAGAGCUUUCUUUUUCCUAUAGUGCUUAUCAACAAUUCAGAGUCUUAUCAACAAGAGGUCUCUCCAAUUCAGAGCUUUCUUUCCCCACAGUGCUUAUCAACAAAGAGUCUCUCAAUUCAGAGCUUUCUUUUCCCCACAGUGCUUAUCAACAAGAGUCUCUCUCCAAUUCAGUGCUUUCUUUUCCCCACAGUGCUUAUCAACAGAAGUCUCUCCAAUUCAGAGCUUUCUUUUCCCCACAGUGCUUAUCAACAAGAGAGUCUCUCCAAUUCAUAGCUUUCUUUUUCCCACAGUGCUUAUCAACAAGAGUCUCUCCAAUUCAGGCUUUCUUUUCCCCACAAGUGCUUAUCAACAAGAGAGUCUCUCCAAUUCAGCUUUUCUUUUCCUAUAAGUCUCUCAAUUCAAGCUUUCUUUUCCCACAGUGCUUAUCAACAAAUGAGUCUCUCCAAUUCAGAGCUUUCUUUUCCCCACAGUGCUUAUCAACAAGAAUCUCUCCAAUUCAGGCUUUCUUUUUUCCCGCAGUGCUUAUCAACAAAGUCUCAAUUCAUAGAGUCUCUCCAAUUCAGGCUUUCUUUUCCCAAUUCAGUGCUUUCUUUUUAUCAACGAAGUCUCUCAAUUCAGAGCUUUCUUUUUCCCCAGUGCUUAUCAACAGAGGUCUCUCCAAUUCAGGCUUUCUUUUCCCUAGUGCUUAUCAACAAGAGAGUCUCUCCAAUUCAGUGCUUUCUUUUCCCCACAGUGCUUAUCAACAGAGAGUCUCUCAAUUCAGGCUUUCUUUUCCCCCACAGUGCUUAUCAACAAGAGAGUCUCUCAAUUCAGAGCUUUCUUUUCCCCACAGUGCUUAUCAACAGAGAGUCUCUCCAAUUCAGGCUUUCUUUUUCCCCAUAGUGCUUAUCAACAAGAGUCUCUCAAUUCAGGCUUUCUUUUCCCCACAGUGCUUAUCAACAAGAGCUCUCUCAAGCUUUCUUUCCCCCACAGUGCUUAUCAACAAAGAGUCUCUCAAUUCAGUGCUUUCUUUUCCCUAUAGUGCUUAUCAACAAGAGAGUCUCUCCAAUUCAGUGCUUUCUUUUCCCACAGUGCUUAUCAACAAGAGAGUCUCUCUCAAUUCAGAGCUUUCUUUUCCCCACAGUGCUUAUCAACAAAGAGUCUCUCCAAUUCAGAGCUUUCUUUUCCCACAGUGCUUAUCAACAGAGUCUCUCCAAUUCAGUGCUUUCUUUUCCCCACAGUGCUUAUCAACAAGAGAGUCUCUCCAAUUCAGAGCUUUCUUUUCCCCACAGUGCUUAUCAACAGAGAGUCUCUCAAUUCAGGCUUUCUUUUCCCUACAGUGCUUAUCAACAGAGAGUCUCUCAAUUCAGGCUUUCUUUUCCCCCACAGUGCUUAUCAACAAGAGUCUCUCUCAAUUCAGGCUUUCUUUUCCCCACAGUGCUUAUCAACAAGAGAGUCUCUCAAUUCAACUUUCUUUUCCCCACAGUGCUUAUCAACAAGAGAGUCUCUCCAAUUCAGUGGUUUCUUUUCCCUAUAGUGCUUAUCAACAAGAGAGUCUCUCAAUUCAGUGCUUUCUUUUUUCCAAGUGCUUAUCAACAGAGGAGUCUCUCCAAUUCUUUUUUCUUUCCCACAGUGCUUAUCAACAAGAGAGUCUCUCCAAUUCAUUUCUUUUCAGACCUUUCUUUUCCCCACAGUGCUUAUCAACAAGAGAGAGUCUCUCAAUUCAGAACUUUCUUUUCCCCACAGUGCUUAUCAACAAGAAGUCUCUCCAAUUCAAGCUUUCUUUCUUUUCCCCAAUUCAGCUUUCUUUGCUUAUCAACAAGAAGAGUCUUUCUUUUCCCAUAGUGCUUAUCAACAUGCUUAUCAACAAGAGUCUCUCCAAGUCUCUCUCCAAUUCAGGGCUUUCUUUUCCCCACAGUGCUUAUCAACAAGAGAGUCUCUCCAAUUCAGAGCUUUCUUUUCCCCACAGUGCUUAUCAACAAGAGAGUCUCUCAAUUCAGAGCUUUCUUUCCCCACAGUGCUUAUCAACAAGAGAGUCUCUCAAUUCAAUUCAGUGCUUUCUUUUUCCCUAUAGUGCUUAUCAACAAGAGAGUCUCUCCAAUUUGGAGCUUUCUUUUCCCUACAGUGCUUAUCAACAGAGAGUCUCUCUCCAAUUCAGAGUUUCUUUUUCUUUUCCCCCAUUCAGUGCUUAUCAACAAGUUCAGUGCUUUCUUUUUCCAAUUCAGAGUCUCUCUUUCUUUUCCCCACAGUGCUUAUCAACAAUAGAGUCUCUCCAAUUCAGAGCUUUCUUUUUCCCACAGUGCUUAUCAACAAGAUGCUUAUCAACAAGAGAGUCUCUCCAAUUCAGGCUUUCUUUUCCCCACAGUGCUUAUCAACAGAGAGUCUCUCCAAUUCAGGCUUUCUUUUCCCUUUCUUUUUUCCCCACAGUGCUUAUCAACAAGAGAGUCUCUCUCCAACUCUUUUUCAGAGCUUUUCUUUUCCCCCCUAGUGCUUAUCAACAAAGUCUCUCUCAAUUCAGAGCUUUCUUUUGCUUAUUCUCUCAAUUCAUAGCUUUCUUUUUCCCCACAGUGCUUAUCAACAAAGUCUCUCAAUUCAGAGCUUUCUUUUCCCCACAGUGCUUAUCAACAAGAGAGUCUCUCCAAUUCAGGCUUUCUUUUCCCCACAGUGCUUAUCAACAAGAAAGUCUCUCCAAUUCAGGCUUUCUUUUCCCCACAGUGCUUAUCAACAAGAGAGUCUCUCCAAUUCAGUGCUUUCUUUUCCCUAUAGUGCUUAUCAACAAGAGAGUCUCUCCAAUUCAGUGGUUUCUUUUCCCCACAGUGCUUAUCAACAAGAGAGUCUCUCCAAUUCAGUGGUUUCUUUUCCCCAUAGUGCUUAUCAACAGAGUCUCUCAAUUCAGGCUUUCUUUUCCCACAGUGCUUAUCAACAAGAGAGUCUCUCAAUUCAGGCUUUCUUUUCCUAGUGCUUAUCAACAAGAGAGUCUCUCAAUUCAGGGCUUUCUUUUCCCCACAGUGCUUAUCAACAAGAGAGUCUCUCCAAUUCAGAGCUUUCUUUUCCCCACAGUGCUUAUCAACAAGAGAGUCUCUCAAUUCAGAGCUUUCUUUUCCCACAGUGCUUAUCAACAAGAGAGUCUCUCCAAUUCAGUGCUUUUUUCCCCACAGUGCUUAUCAACAAGAGAGUCUCUCCAAUUCAGCUUUCUUUCCCACAGUGCUUAUCAACAGAGAGUCUCUCCAAUUCAGUGCUUUCUUUUUUCCCCACAGUGCUUAUCAACAAGAGAGUCUCUCCAAUUCAGAGCUUUCUUUUCCCCACAGUGCUUAUCAACAAGAGUCUCUCAAUUCAGAGCUUUCUUUUUCCCCAGUGCUUAUCAACAAGAGAGUCUCUCCAAUUCAGAGCUUUCUUUUCCCCACAGUGCUUAUCAACAGAGUCCUCUCAAUUCAGUGCUUUCUUUUCCCUAUAGUGCUUAUCAAGUCUCUCAAAGCUUUCUUUUCCCCAGUGCUUAUCAACAAGAGUCUCUCAAUUCAGAGCUUUCUUUUCCCACAGUGCUUAUCCUCAAGUCUCUCAAUUCAGAGCUUUCUUUUCCCCACAGUGCUUAUCAACAAAGCUUUUUUCCCAGUGCUCAGCAGAGUCUCUCUCAAUUCAGAGCUUUCUUUUCCUAUAUGCUUAUCAACAAGAGAGUCUCUCCAAUUCAGAGCUUUCUUUUCCCUAUAGUGCUUAUCAACAAGAGAGUCUCUCCAAUUCAGAGCUUUCUUUUCCCCACAGUGCUUAUCAACAAGAGUCUCUCCAAUUCAGGCUUUUCUUUUCCCAUAAGUGUGCUUAUCAACAAGAGAGUCUCUCCAAUUCAGAGCUUUCUUUUCCCCACAGUGCUUAUCAACAAUAGAGUCUCUCAAUUCAGAGCUUUCUUUUCCCAUAGUGCUUAUCAACAAGAGAGUCUCCAAUUCAGAGCUUUCUUUUCCCCACAGUGCUUAUCAACAAGAGAGUCUCUCCAAUUCAGUGCUUUCUUUUCCCUAUAUGCUUAUCAACAGAGAGUCUCUCCAAUUCAGAGCUUUCUUUUCCCCACAGUGCUUAUCAACAGAGUCUCUCCAAUUCAGAGCUUUCUUUUCCCCAGUGCUUAUCAACAAAGAGUCUCUCAAUUCAGGCUUUCUUUUUACAGUGCUUAUCAACAAGAGAGUCUCUCCAAUUCAGAGCUUUCUUUUCCUAUAGGUCUCUAUCAAUUCAGGGUUCUUUCAAUUUUUCUUUUCCCCAGUGCUUAUUCUCCAAUUCAGCUUUCUUUCCCCCACAGUGCUUAUCAACAAGAGUCUCUCCAAUUCAGAGCUUUCUUUUUCCCCACAGUGCUUAUCAACAAGAGAGUCUCUCAAUUCAGAGGCUUUCUUUUCCCCACAGUGCUUAUCAACAAGAGUCUCUCAAUUCAGGCUUUCUUUUUCCCACAUGCUUAUCAACAGAGAGUCUCUCCAAUUCAGGCUUUCUUUUCCCCACAGUGCUUAUCAACAAGAGAGUCUCUCCAAUUCAGAGCUUUCUUUCCCACAGUGCUUAUCAACAAGAGAGUCUCUCCAAUUCAGAGCUUUCUUUUCCCCACAGUGCUUAUCAACAAGAUAGUCUCUCCAAUUCAGAGCUUUCUUUUUCCCCACAGUGCUUAUCAACAGAGAGUCUCUCAAUUCAGUGCUUUCUUUUCCCCCACAGUGCUUAUCAACAAGAGAGAGUCUCCAAUUCAGAGCUUUCUUUUCCCCACAGUGUAUCAACAAGAGGUCUCUCCAAUUGCUUUCUUUUCCCCACAGUGCUUAUCAACAAGAGAGUCUCUCCAAUUCAGGCUUUCUUUUCCCCACAGUGCUUAUCAACAGAGAGUCUCUCCAAUUCAGUGCUUUCUUUUCCCUACAGUGCUUUAUCAACAAGAGAGUCUCUCCAAUUCAGUGCUUUCUUUUCCCCACAGUGCUUAUCAACAAGUCUCUCCAAUUCAGGUUUCUUUUCCCCACAGUGCUUUCAACAGAGAGUCUCUCAAUUCAAACUUUCUUUUUCCCCACAGUGCUUAUCAACAAGAGAGUCCUCUCCAAUUCAAGGCUUUCUUUUUCCCUAUAGUGCUUAUCAACAAGAGAGUCUCUCCAAUUCAGGCUUUCUUUUCAGGCUUUUCUCUCCAAUUCAGAGCUUUCUUUUCUAUAGUGCUUAUCAACAAGAGAGUCUCUCAAUUCAGGCUUUCUUUUCCCCACAGUGCUUAUCAACAGAGUCUCUCCAAUUCAGAGCUUUCUUUUCCCCAUAUGCUUAUCAACAAGAGAGUCUCUCCAAUUCAGGCUUUCUUUUCCCCACAGUGCUUAUCAACAAGAGAGUCUCUCCAAUUCAGGCUUUCUUUUCCCCACAGUGCUUAUCAACAAGAGAGUCUCUCCAAUUCAGAGCUUUCUUUUCCCUAUAGUGCUUAUCAACAAGUCUCUCAAUUCAGUGCUUUCUUUUCCCUAUGGUGCUUAUCUCUCCAAUUCAGAGCUUUCUUUUUCCCCACAGUGCUUAUCAACAAAGAGUCUCUCAAUUCAGUGUCUCUUUCUUUUCCCUACAGUGCUUAUCAACAAGAGUCUCUCCAAUUCAGAGCUUUCUUUUCCCCACAGUCUGUGCUUUUUUCCCCUUAUCAACAGAGGGUCUCUCCAAUUCAGUGCUUUCUUUCCCCACAGUGCUUAUCAACAAAGAGUCUCUCAAUUCAGGCUUUCUUUUUCCCCACAGUGCUUAUCAACAGAGUCUCUCAAUUCAGGACUUUCUUUUCCCAUAGUGCUUAUCAACAAGAGGGUCUCUCAAUUCAGUGGUUUCUUUUUUCCCAGUGCUUAUCAACAAGAGAGUCUCUCCAAUUCAGUGCUUUCUUUUUCCCCACAGUGCUUAUCAACAAGAGUCUCUCCAAUUCAGGCUUUCUUCACAGUGCUUAUCAACAAGGUCUCUCCAAUUCAGUUUUCUUUUUCCCCAUAGUGCUUAUCAACAAGAGAGUCUCUCAAUUCAGUGCUUUCUUUUCCCCACAGUGCUUAUCAACAAGAGAGUCUCUCAAUUCAGAGCUUUCUUUCCCUAUGGUGCUUAUCAACAAGAGAGUCUCUCAAUUCAGAGCUUUCUUUUCCCCCAGUGCUUAUCAACAAGAGGUCUCUCAAUUCAGAGCUUUCUUUUUUCUUUUUCCCCAAUUCAGUGCUUUCUUAUCAACAACAAAGUCUCUCAAUUCAGGCUUUCUUUUCCCCACAGUGCUUCAACAAAAUGAGUCUCUCAAUUCAGGCUUUCUUUUCCCCACAGUGCUUAUCAACAAGUCUCUCCAAUUCAGUCUUUCUUUUUCCACAGUGCUUAUCAACAGAAGUCUCUCAAUUCAGAACUUUUUUCCCCAGUGCUUAUCAACAAGAGGUCUCUCAAUUCAGAGCUUUCUUUUUCCCCAGUGCUUAUCAACAAGAAGUCUCUCCAAUUCAGUGCUUUCUUUUCCCUAUUAUGCUUUCUUUUCCCCUUUUCCCAGUGCUUAUCAACAGAGAGUCUCUCAAUUCAGGCUUUCUUUUCCCCACAGUGCUUAUCAACAGAGAGUCUCUCAAUUCAGUGCUUUCUUUUCCCCACAGUGCUUAUCAACAAGAGUCUCUCCAAUUCAGUGCUUUCUUUUCCCUAUAAUUGCUUAUCAACAGAGGUCUCUCAAUUCAGAGCUUUCUUUUCCCUAUAGUGCUUAUCAACAAGAGAGUCUCUCAAUUCAGAGCUUUCUUUUCCCCACAGUGCUUAUCAACAGAGAGUCUCUCCAAUUCAGAGCUUUCUUUUCCCUACAGUGCUUAUCAACAAGAGAGUCUCUCCAAUUCAGAGCUUUCUUUUUCCCCACAGUGCUUAUCAACAAGAGUCUCUCCAAUUCAGAGGCUUUUUUUCCCACAGUGCUUAUCAACAAAGAGUCUCUCAAUUCAGAGCUUUCUUUCCCACAGUGCUUAUCAACAGAGAGUCUCUCCAAUUCAGAGCUUUCUUUUCCCUAUAGUGCUUAUCAACAAGAGAGUCUCUCCAAUUCAGAGCUUUCUUUUCCCUAUAGUGCUUAUCAACAAGAGAGUCUCUCCAAUUCAGUGCUUUCUUUUCCCUAUAGUGCUUAUCAACAAGAGAGUCUCUCCAAUUCAGAGCUUUCUUUUCCCCACAGUGCUUAUCAACAAGAGAGUCUCUCCAAUUCAGAGCUUUCUUUUCCCCACAGUGCUUAUCAACAAGAGAGUCUCUCCAAUUCAGUGCUUUCUUUUCCCUAUAGUGCUUAUCAACAAGAGAGUCUCUCCAAUUCAGAGCUUUCUUUUUCCCACAGUGCUUAUCAACAAGAGAGUCUCUCCAAUUCAGGGCUUUCUCCCACAGUGCUUAUCUCUCUCCAAUUCAGUGCUUUCUUUUCCCUAUAUGCUUAUCAACAAGAGAGUCUCUCCAAUUCAGAGCUUUCUUUUCCUAUAAGUGCUUAUCAACAAGAGAGUCUCUCCAAUUCAGAGCUUUCUUUCCCCACAGUGCUUUAUCAACAAGAGUCUCUCAAUUCAGAACUUUCUUUCCCCACAGUGCUUAUCAACAAGAGAGUCUCUCAAUUCAGAACUUUCUUUUCCCCACAGUGCUUAUCAACUCUCAAGAGAGUCUCUCCAAUUAGAGCUCUUUUCCCCACAUGCUUAUCAACAAGAGAGUCUCUCUCAAUUCAGAGCUUUCUUUUCCCUAUAGUGCUUAUCAACAAGAGAGUCUCUCCAAUUCAGAGCUUUCUUUUCCCCUACAGUGCUUAUCAACAGUCUCUCAAUUCAGAGUUUCUUUCUCCAAUUCAGAGCUUUCUUUUCCCACAGUGCUUUAUCAACAAGAGAGUCUCUCCAAUUCAGAGCUUUCUUUUCCCACAGUGUGCUUAUCAACAAGAGUCUCUCCAAUUCAGAGCUUUCUUUUUCCCCACCAGUCUUAUCAACAGAAUCUCUCCAAUUCAGUGCUUUCUUUUCCCUAUAGUGCUUAUCAACAAAGAGGUCUCUCAAUUCAGUGCUUUCUUUUCCUUUAUCAACAAGAAUUCUCCAAUUGAACUUUCUUUUACAGUGCUUAUCAACAAGAGUCUCUCCAAUUCAGAGCUUUCUUUUCCCCACAGUGCUUAUCAACAAAGAGUCUCUCAAUUCAAGCUUUCUUUCCCCCACAGUGCUUAUCAACAAGAGAGUCUCUCAAUUCAGUGCUUAUUUCUUUUCCCUUUUAUAGUGCUUAUCAACAAGAGAGUCUCUCCAAUUCAGGCUUUCUUUUCCCCCACAGUGCUUAUCAACAAGAGUCUCUCAAUUCAGUGCUUUCUUUUCCCCCAUAGUGCUUAUCAACAAGAGAGUCUCUCCAAUUCUUUCUUUUCCCACAGUGCUUAUCAACAGAAUGAGAGUCUCUCAAUUCAGUGCUUUCUUUCCCCACAGUGCUUAUCAACAAGAGAAGUCUCUCCAAUUCAGAGCUUUCUUUUCCCCACAGUGCUUAUCAACAAGAGAGUCUCUCCAAUUCAGUGCUUUCUUUUCCCCACAGUGCUUAUCAACAAGAGAGUCUCUCCAAUUCAGGCUUUCUUCCCCCACAGUGCUUAUCAACAAGAGUCUCUCCAAUUCAGUGCUUUCUUUUCCCUGCAGUGCUUAUCAACAAGAGAGUCUCUCAAUUCUCUUUUCCAGUUCAACAAGAGAGUCUCUCCAAUUCAGGGAGCUUUCUUUUUCCCUAUAGUGCUUAUCAACAAGAGAGUCUCUCAAUUCAGAGCUUUCUUUUUCCCCACAGUGCUUAUCAACAAGAGGUCUCCAAUUCAGAGAGUGCUUAUCAGUCUCUCUCCAAUUCAGAGCUUUCUUUUCCCCACAGUGCUUAUCAACAAGAGUCUCUCCCAAUUCAGUCUCUCCAAUUCAGCUUUCUUUUCCCCUACAGUGCUUAUCAACAAGAGAGUCUCUCAAUUCUUUUCUUUUUCCCCAAUUCAACAAGAGAGUCUCUCAAUUCUUUCUUUUCCCACAGUGCUUAUCAACAAGAGAGUCUCUCCAAUUCAGGCUUUCUUUUCCCCAGUGCUUAUCAACAAGAGAGUCUCUCCAAUUCAGAGCUUUCUUUUCCCCACAGUGCUUAUCAACAAAGAAAGUCUCUCCAAGCUUUCUUUUCAGUGCUUUCAAGUCUCUCCAAUUCAGAGCUUUCUUUUCUUUUCCCCACAGUCCUUAUCAACAAGAGUCUCUCAAUUCAGGCUUUCUUUUUCCCCACAGUGCUUAUCAACAAGAGUCUCUCCAAUUCAGAGGUUUCUUUUCCCCACAGUGCUUAUCAACAAGAGAGUCUCUCAAUUCUUUCUCCAUAGUGCUUUCAACAAGAGAGUCUCUUUCUUUUUUCCCCACAGUGCUUAUCAACAAGAUGCUUAUCAACAAGAGAGUCUCUCCAAUUCAGAGCUUUCUUUUUUCCCCACAGUGUAUGUCUCUCCAUCAGCUUUCUUUUCCUAUAGUGCUUAUCUCUCCAAUUCAGAGCUUUCUUUUUCCCACAGUGCUUAUCAACAGAGAGUCUCUCCAAUUCAGGCUUUCUUUUCCCCACAGUGCUUAUCAACAAGAGAGUCUCUCAAUUCAGAGCUUUCUUUUCCCCAUAGUGCUUAUCAACAAAGAGUCUCUCAAUUCAGAGCUUUCUUUUCCCCACAGUGCUUAUCAACAAGAGAGUCUCUCCAAUUCAGAGCUUUCUUUUCCCCACAGUGCUUAUCAACAAGAGUCUCUCCAAUUCAGAGCUUUCUUUUCCCCAUAUGCUUAUCAACAAGAGAGGCUUUCUUUCCCCAAGUGCUUAUCAACAAGAGAGUCUCUCUUUCAGAGCUUUUCCCUAUAGUGCUUAUCAACAAGAGUCUCUCCAAUUCAAGCUUUCUUUUCCCACAGUGCUUAUCAACAGAGAGUCUCUCAAUUCAGGGGAGCUUUCUUUUCCCUAUAGUGCUUAUCAACAAGAAGUCUCUCAAUUCAGUGCUUUCUUUUUCCUAUGGUGCUUUAUCAACAAGAGAGUCUCUCAAUUCAGGUUUUCUUUUCCCCACAGUGCUUAUCAACAAGAUCUCUCAAUUCAGGCUUUCUUUUCCCACAGUGCUUAUCAACAAGUCUCUUCAAUUCAGGCUUUCUUUUUCCCACAGUGCUUAUCAACAAGAGAGUCUCUCCAAUUCAGAGCUUUCUUUUUCCCCACAGUGCUUAUCAACAAAGUCUCUCAUUCAGAGCUUUCUUUUCCCCAGUGCUUAUCAACAAGAGAGUCUCUCAAUUCAUAGCUUUCUUUUUCCCCACAGUGCUUAUCAACAGAAAGUCUCUCAAUUCAUAGCUUUCUUUUCCCCAUAUGCUUAUCAACAGGUGAGUCUCUCCAAUUCAUGGCUUUCUUUUCCCCAACAAGUGCUUAUUCAACAAAGAGAGUCUCUCUCCAAUUCAGAGCUUUCUUUUCCCCAUAGUGCUUAUCAACACAAGAGUCUCUCCAAUUCAGAGCUUUCUUUUCCCCAGUGCUUAUCAACAAGAGAGUCUCUCCAAUUCAGUGCUUUCUUUUUCCCACAGUGCUUAUCAACAAGAGAGUCUCUCAAUUCAGGCUUUCUUUUCCCCACAGUGCUUAUCAACAAGAGAGUCUCUCCAAUUCAGAGCUUUCUUUUCCCCAUAGUGCUUAUCAACAAAGAGUCUCUCCAAUUCAUAGCUUUCUUUUCCCCACAGUGCUUAUCAACAAGAGUCUCUCCAAUUAGAGCUUUCUUUCCCCACAGUGCUUAUCAACAAAGUCUCUCCAAUUUGGCUUUCUUUCCCCACAGUGCUUUCAACAUAGUCUCUCUCAAUUCAGUGGUUUCUUUUCCUAUAGUGCUUAUCAACAAAGGUCUCUCCAAUUCAGAGCUUUUUCUUUUCCCCCAGUGCUUAUCAACGAGAAGUCUCUCAAUUCAGAGUUUCUUUUCCCAGUGCUUAUCAACAAGAGUCUCUCCAAUUCAGAGCUUUCUUUUCCCCAUAAGCUUUCUUUUCCCCACAGUGCUUAUCAACAAAGUCUCUCUCCAAUUCAGAGCUUUCUUUUCCCCCACAGUGCUUAUCAACAAUAGAGAGUCUCUCAAUUCGUCUCUCCAAUUUCUUUUCCCCACAAUUAACUUAUCAACAAUAGAGUCUCUCCAAUUCAGAGUCUCUUUCUUUUUUUCCCCACAGUGCUUAUCAACAAGAGAUGCUUUCUUUUCUCCAAUUCAGUGCUUUCUUUUUCAGUGUAUCAAGUCUCUCCAAUUAAAUUGCUUUCUUUUUCCUAUAGUGCUUAUCAACAGAGUCUCUCCAAUUCAGAGUUUCUUUUCCCCACAGUGCUUAUCAACAAGAGAGUCUCUCCAAUUCAGAGCUUUCUUUUCCCACAGUGCUUAUCAACAAAGAGAGUCUCUCAAUUCAGGCUUUUGCUUAUCAACAAAGAGUCUCUCCAAUUCAGUGCUUUCUUUUUUCCCACAGUCAUCAACAAGAGUCUCUCAAUUUCAUAGCUUUCUUUUCCCCACAGUGCUUAUCAACAAAGAGUCUCUCCAAUUCAGGCUUUCUUUUCCCACAGUGCUUAUCAACAAGAGUCUCUCAAUUCAGUGCUUUCUUUUUCACAGUGCUUAUCAACAAGAAGUCUCUCCAAUUCAGAGCUUUCUUUCUCCACAGUGCUUAUCAACAAGAGAGUCUCUUUCUUUUUUCCCCACAGUGCUUAUCAACCAGAGUCUCUCAAUUCAGGCUUUCUUUUUCCAAUUCAAGUGUCUUUCUUUUCCUAUAGUCUCUCAAUUGCUUAUCAACAAGAGAGUCUCUCCAAUUCAGGCUUUUCUUUUCCCCACAGUGCUUAUCAACAGAUGCUUAUCAACAAAGUCUCUCAAUUCAGUGCUUUCUUUUCCCACAGUGCUUAUCAACAGAGGUCUCUCAAUUCAGAGCUUUCUUUUUCCCCAGUGCUUAUCAACAAAAUUCUCUCAAUUCAAAACUUUCUUUUCCCCACAGUGCUUAUCAAUAGUGGUCUCUCCAAUUCAGAGCUUUCCCCUAGUGCUUAUCAACAAGAGGUCUCUCAAUUCAGUGCUUUCUUUUCCCUAUGAUGCUUAUCAACAAGGGUCUCUCUCAAUUCAUUUCAGUGCUUUCUUUUUUUUCCCACAGUCUUAUCAACAAGUGUCUCUCCAAUUCAUAGCUUUCUUUUCCCCCAGUGCUUAUCAACAAGAGAGGGGUCUCCAAUUCAGUGCUUUCUUUUCCCCACAGUGCUUAUCAACAGAGAGUCUCUCCAAUUCAGAGCUUUCUUUUUCCCCACAGUGCUUAUCAACAAGAGUCUCUCAAUUCAGGCUUUCUUUUAGUGGUUAUCAACAGAGGGUCUCUCUCCAAUUCAGUGCUUUCUUUUUCUUUUCUCUUCCAAUUAGGCUUUCUUUUCCCACAGCUUUAUCAACAAGAGUCUCUCCCAUUCAGUGCUCUUUUCCCAAUCAUCAAGAGUCUCUCAAUUCAGUGCUUUCUUUUCCCUAUAGUGCUUUUAUCAACAAGCUUUCUUAUCAUCAACAAGAGAGUCUCUCAAUUCCUUUCUUUCCCCACAGUGCUUAUCAACAAGAGAGUCUCAAUUCAGAGCUUUCUUUUUCCCCCACAGUGCUUAUCAACAAGAGAGUCUCUCAAUUCAAGAGCUUUCUUUCCCCACAGUGCUUAUCAACAAGAGGUCUCUCAAUUCAGAGCUUUCUUUUCCCCAUAGUGCUUAUCAACAAGAAAGUCUCUCCAAUUCAGUGCUUUCUUUUCCCCACAGUGCUUAUCAACAAGAGAGUCUCUCCAAUUCAGAGCUUUCUUUUCCCCACAGUGCUUUAUCAACAAGAGAGUCUUUCUCAACAAUCUCCAGAGCUUUCUUUUCCCAUAGUGCUUAUCAACAAGUCUCUCCAAUUCAGAGCUUUCUUUUUCCCCACAGUGCUUCUCAACAUUAAGUUUUCUCAUAGUGCUUAUCAAGAGAGUCUCUCAAUUCAUGCUUUCUUUUCCCUACAGUGCUUAUCAACAAGAGUCUCUCAAUUCAGCUUUCUUUUCUCCAAUUCAGUCUCUCAAUUCAGUUUCUUUUCCUAUAGUGCUUAUCAACAAGAGAGUCUCUCCAAUUCAGACUUUUUCUUUUUCCCACAGUGCUUAUCAACAGAGAGUCUCUCCAAUCUAGAGCUUUCUUUUUCCCCACAGUGCUUAUCAACAAGGCUUUCUUUUUCCCCACAGUGCUUAUCAACAAUAGAGUCUCUCCAAUUCAGAGCUUUCUUUUCCCCAGUGCUUAUCAACAAGAGUCUCUUCCAAUUCAGGCUUUUCUUUUUCCCUAUAGUGCUUAUCAACAAGAGAGUCUCUCCAAUUCAGGCUUUCUUUUCCCCCAUGGUGCUUAUCAACAAGGGGAGUCUCUCCAAUUCAGGCUUUCUUUUCCCACAGAAUCUCUCCAAUUCAGAAUUUCUUUUAUCAACAAGAGUCUCUCUCAAUUCAGUGCUUUCUUUUCCCUAUAGUGCUUAUCAACAAGAGAGUCUCUCCAACUUUCUUUUCAGUGCUUAUCAACAAUUCUUUUCCCCAUAUGCUUAUCAACAAGAGAAAGUCUCUCCAAUUCAGUGCUUUCUUUUCCCCCAUAGUGCUUAUCAACAGAGUCUCUCAAUUCAGGCUUUCUUUUCCCCACAGUGCUUAUCAACAGAGAGUCUCUUCAAUUCAAACUUUCUUUUCCCCACAGUGCUUAUCUACAAUAGAAGUCUCUCCAACUCUUUUCAGUGCUUUCUUUUUCAACAAGUGCUCUCUCAAUUCAUAGCUUUUCUUUUCCCCACAGUGCUUAUCAACAAGAGUCUCUCCAAUUCAGUGCUUUCUUUUCCCUAUAAUUGCUUAUCAACAAGGUCUCUCAAUUCAGAGCUUUCUUUUCCCUAUAGUGCUUAUCAACAAGAGUCUCUCCAAUUCAGAGCUUUCUUUUCACCACAAUUGCUUAUCAACAAGAGGGAGUCUCUCAAUUCAGAGCUUUCUUUUCCCUAUAGUGCUUAUCAACAAGAGUCUCUCCAAUUCAGAGCUUUCUUUUCCCCCACAGUGCUUAUCAACAGAGGGUCUCUCAAUUCAGUGCUUUCUUUUUCCUACAGUGCUUAUCAACAAGAGUGCUUAUCAACAAGAGAGUCUCUCCAAUUCAAACUUUCUUUUCCCCCCAGUGCUUAUCAACAGAGGUCUCUCCAAUUCAGGCUUUCUUUUUCCCCACAGUGCUUAUCAACAAGAGUCUCUUCAAUUCAGAGCUUUCUUUUCCCCACAGUGCUUAUCAACAAUGAGGCCUCUCCAAUUCAGCUUUCUUUUUCCCUACAGUGCUUAUCAACAAGAGUCUCUCAAUUCAGGCUUUCUUUCCCCACAGUGCUUAUCAACAAGAAGUCUCUCAAUUCAGGCUUUCUUUUUCCCAGUGCUUAUCAACAGAGAGUCUCUCAAUUCAGGCUUUCUUUUCCCUAUAGUGCUUAUCCCAACAGAGAGUCUCUCCAAUUCAGAGCUUUUUCUUUCCCACAGUGCUUAUCAACAAGAGUCUCUCCAAUUCAAGAGCUUUCUUUUCCCCCACAGUGCUUAUCAACAAAGAGUCUCUCAAUUCAGUGCUUUCUUUUCCCUAUAGUGCUUAUCAACAAGAGAGUCUCUCCAAUUCAGGCUUUCUUUUUCCCCCACAGUGCUUAUCAACAGAAGUCUCUCCAAUUUCAGGCUUUCUUUUCCCCACAGUGCUUUAUCAACAAGAGAGUCUCUCAAUUCAGAGCUUUCCCUAUAGUGCUUAUCAACAAGAGAAGUCCUCUCUCCAAUUCGGUACUUUCUUUUUCCUAUAGUGCUUAUCAACAAGAGAGUCUCAAUUCAGGCUUUCUUUUCCCCACAGUGCUUAUCAACAAGAGAGUCUCUCAAUUCAGAGCUUUCUUUUCCCCACAGUGCUUAUCAACAAGAGAGUCUCUCAAUUCAGAGCUUUCUUUUCCCCACAGUGCUUAUCAACAAAGUCUCAAUUCCUUUUCCCCAGAGCUUUCUUUUUUCUCUCCAAUUCCCACAGUGCUUAUCAACAAGAGGAGUCUCUCAAUUCAGGCUUUCUUUUCCCCACAGUGCUUAUCAACAGAGAGUCUCUCAAUUCAGUGCUUUCUUUUCCCUUAUCAAUAUGCUUAUCAACAGAGAGUCUGUCUCAAUUCAGAGCUUUUUUCCCCCACAGUGCUUAUCAACAAGAGCUUUCUUUUUCCCACAGUCUCAAUUCAGAGCUUUCUUUCCCCACAGUGCUUAUCAACAGAGAGUCUCUCAAUUCAGUGCUUUCUUUUCCCUAUAGUGCUUAUCAACAAGAGUCUCUCAAUUCAGGCUUUCUUUUCCCCAGUGCUUAUCAACAGAAGUCUCUCCAAUUCAGGCUUUCUUUUCCCCCACGGUCUUAUCAACAAGAGAGUCUCUCAAUUCAGAGCUUUCUUUCCCUAUAAUGCUUAUCAACAGAGAGUCUCUCCAAUUCAGUGCUUUCUUUUCCCUAUAGUGCUUAUCAACAAGAGAGUCUCUCAAUUCAGAGCUUUCUUUUCACAGUGCUUCUGUGACUUCUUUACAGUGCUUAUCAACUCUCCAAUUCAGAGCUUUCUUUUCCCCCAGUGCUUAUCAACAAGAAGUCUCUCCAAUUCAGGCUUUCUUUUCCUAAGAUGCUUAUCAACAGAGAGUCUCAAUUCAGAGCUUUUUCCCCACAGUGCUUAUCAACAAAGAGUCUCUCUCAAUUCAGAACUUUUCUUUUUCCCUAUAGUGCUUAUCAACAGAGAGUCUCUCUCAAUUCAAUUUCUUUCUUUUCCCCACAGUGCUUAUCAACAAGAGAGUCUCUCCAAUUCAGAGCUUUCUUUUCCCCACAGUGCUUAUCAACAAGAGAGUCUCUCCAUUAGGAGCUUUCUUUUCAGUGCUUAUCAACAGAGUCUCUCCAUUUUUCUUUUCCCCAUAGUGCUUAUCAACAAGAGUCUCUCCAAUUCAGAGCUUUCUUUUCCCUACAGUGCUUAUCAACAGAGUCUCUCAAUUCAGAGCUUUCUUUUUCCCCCACAGUGCUUAUCAACAAGAGAGUCUCUCCAAUUCUUUCCAUAUGCUUAUCAACAAGAGAGUCUCUCCAAUUCAGAGCUUUCUUUUCCCCCCACAGUGCUUAUCAACAAGAGCUUUCUUUUCUCUAUCAACAAUUCAUUAGGCUUUCUUUUCCCUAUAGUGCUUAUCAACAAGAGAGUCUCUCUCCAAUUCAGAGCUAUCUUUUCCCCACAAUUCUUAUCAACAAGAGAGUCUCUCCAAUUCAGCUUUCUUUUUCCCCACAGUGCUUAUCAACAAGAGAGUCUCUCCAAUUCAGGCUUUCUUUUUCCCACAGUGCUUAUCAAGAGAGUCUCUCCAAUUCAGCUUUCUUUUCCCAGUGCUUAUCCCAACAGCUUUCUUUCCCUAGUGCUUAUCAACAAGAGAGGUCUCUCAAUUCAGAGCUUUCUUUUUCCCCACAGUGCUUAUCAACAAGAGCUUUCUUUUCCCUAUAGUUCUUAUCAAUUCUCCAAUUCAGAGCUUUCUUUUUCCCUACAGUGCUUAUCAACAAAGUCUCUCAAUUCUUUCUUUUCCCCAGUGCUUAUCAACAAGGAGUCUCUCAAUUCAGAGCUUUCUUUUCUUUUCCUCAAUUCAGAGCUUUCUUUUCCCAGUGCUUAUCAACAAUUCAGCUUUCUCUCCAAUUCAGAGGGCUUUCUUUUCCCACAAUUGCUUAUCAACAUAGGGUCUCUCAAUUCAGAGCUUUCUUUUCAGCUUAUCAACAGAGGCUUUCUUUUUCCCCACAGUGCUUAUCAACAAGAGGUCUCUCCAAUUCAGGCUUUCUUUUCCCCGGUGCUUAUCAACAGAGUCUCUAGGCUUUUUCUUUUCCCCAGUUCAGUGCUUAUCUUAUCACAAAGUCUCUCCAAUUCAGAGCUUUCUUCCCCCAGUGCUUAUCAACUAGAAGUCUCUCCAAUUCAGAGCUGCUUUCCUUCAACAGAGAAUCUUUUCCCCACAGUGCUUAUCAACAAGAGGUCUCUCCAAUUCAGGCUUUCUUUUUUUUCCCACAGUGCUUAUCAACAAAGUCUCUCCAAUUCAGGCUUCUUUUCUUUCCUGAGUGCUUAUCAACAGGGAGAAUCAACUCUCCAAUUCAGAGCUUUCUUUUCCCCACAGUGCUUAUCAACAGAGAGUCUCUCAAUUCAGACUUUCUUUUCCCCCACAAGUGCUUAUCAGCAAGAGAGUCUCUCCAAUUCAAGCUUUCUUUUUCCCCACAGUGCUUAUCAACAGUCUCUCCAAUUCAGGGCUUUCUUUUCCCUACAGUCUCAAGAGUCUUCAAUUCAGGCUUUCUUUUUCCCCACAGUGCUUAUCAACAGAGGUCUCUCAAUUCUUUCUUUUCCCACAGUGCUUAUCAACAAAGGUCUCUCUCCAAUUCAAAGCUUUCUUUUCUCUCAAUUCAGGCUUUCUUUUCCCACAGUGUUCUUAUCAACAAGAGUCUCUCAAUUCAAACUUUCUUUUCCCCACAGUGCUUAUCAACAAGAGAGUCUCUCAAUUCAGAGCUUUCUUUUCCCCCACAGUCUCUCCAAUUGCUUUCUUUUAUCAUCAACAGAGGAGUCUCUCCAAUUCAGGCUUUCUUUUCCUUACAGUGCUUAUCAACAAGAGAGUCUCUCAAUUCAGGCUUUCUUUUCCCCCACAGUGCUUAUCAACAAGAGAGUCUCUCCAAUUCAGAGCUUUUCUUUUCCCACAGUGCUUAUCAACAAGAGGAGUCUCUCAAUUCAGAGCUUUUUUUUUCCCCCAGUGCUUAUCAACAGAGAGUCUCUCCAAUUCAGUGCUUUCUUUCCCUAUAGUGCUUAUCAACAAGAGAGUCUCUCAAUUCAGGCUUUCUUUUCCCCCACAGUGCUUAUCAACAGAGAGUCUCUCCAAUUCAGAGCUUUCUUUUCCCACAGUGCUUAUCAACAGAGAGUCUCUCCAAUUCAGAGCUUUCUUUUUCCCCACAGUGCUUAUCAACAAGAGUCUCUCAAUUCAGGCUUUCUUUUCCCCACAGUGCUUAUCAACAAGAGUCUUUCUCCAAUUCAGGGCUUUCUUUUCCCACAGUGCUUAUCAACAAGAGAGUCUCUCCAAUUCAUAGCUUUCUUUUCCCCACAGUGCUUAUCAACAAGAGAGUCUCUCCAAUUCAAGCUUUCUUUUCCCCACAGUGCUUAUCAACAGAGUCUCUCUCAAUUCAGAGCUUUCUUUCCCUUUUCAAUUCCCACAGUGCUUAUCAACAAGAGAGUCUCUCAAUUCAGAGCUUUCUUUUCCCCACAGUGCUUAUCAACAAGAGUCUCUCAAUUUCAGUGCUUUCUUUUUCCUAUAGUGCUUAUCAACAAGAGAGUCUCUCCAAUUCAGGCUUUCUUUUCCCCACAGUGCUUAUCAACAAGAGUCUCUCAAUUCAUGGCUUUCUUUUCCCAUAGUGCUUAUCAACAAGAAGUCUCUCAAUUCAGUGCUUUCUUUUCCCCACAGUGCUUAUCAACAAUAGUCUCUCAAUUCGAGUGUCUCUCCAAUUCAGUGCUUUCUUUUCCCCAGUGCUUAUCAACAAGAGAGUCUCUCAAUUCAGAGCUUUCUUUUUUCUUUUCCCAGCUUUCUUUUUCCCCAGUGCUUAUCAACAAAGAGAGUCUCUCCAAUUCAGAGCUUUCUUUUCCCCAUAGUGCUUGUCAACAAGAGAGUCUCUCAAUUCAGAGCUUUUCUUUUCCCCCACAGUGCUUAUCAACAAAGUCUCUCUCCAAUUCAGAUUUCUUUUUCCCUACAGUGCUUAUCAACAAGAGUCUCUCAAUUCAGAGCUUUCUUUUCCCCACAGUGCUUAUCAACAAAGAGAGUCUCUCCAAUUCAGUCUCUUUCUUUUCCCACAGUGCUUAUCAACAAGAGAAGUCUCUCAAUUCAGGCUUUCUUUUCCCCACAGUGCUUAUCAACAACAGAGUCUCUCCAAUUCAGAGCUUUCUUUUCCCCACAGUGCUUAUCAACAAGAGUCUCUCCAAUUCAGUGCUUUCUUUUCCCCAUAGUGCUUAUCAACAAGAGAGUCUCUCCAAUUCAGAAACUUUCUUUUUCCCCAUAGUGCUUAUCAACAGAGCUUUCUUUUCCCCCACAGUGCUUAUCAACAAGAGAGUCUCUCAAUUCAGAGCUUUCUUUUCCCAGCUUUCUUUUCCAGUGCUUAUCAACAAGAGAGUCUCUCAAUUCAUUUUCUUUUCUCUCAAGUCUCUCAAUUCAGAGCUUUCUUUUCCCCACAGUGCUUAUCAACAAAGAGAGUCUCUCCAAUUCGGCUUUCUUUUCCCUAUAGUGCUUAUCAACAAAGGUCUCUCAAUUCAGAGCUUUCUUUUUCUCAAGUGCUUAUCAAGAGAGUCUUUCUUUUUCCCCACAGUGCUUAUCAACAGAGAGUCUCUCAAUUCAGUGCUUUCUUUCUUUUUAUUCUCUCAAUUCAGUGCUUUCUUUUCCAGUGCUUAUCAACAAGAGAGUCUCUCCAAUUCAGGCUUUCUUUUCCCCACAGUGCUUAUCAACAAGAGUCUCUCAAUUCAGAGCUUUCUUUUCCCCACAGUGCUUAUCAACAAGAGGUCUCUCAAUUUCAGGCUUUCUUUUCCCCACAGUGCUUAUCAACAAGAGUCUCUCCAAUUCAGAGCUUUCUUUUCCCCACAGUGCUUAUCAACAGAGAGUCUCUCAAUUCAAGCUUUCUUUUCAGUGCUUUCUUUUCAGUUCCUUUCCCCUGGUGCUUAUCAACAAGAGUCUCCAAUUCAGGUCUCUCCAAUUAAGAGCUUUUCUUUUCCCCACAGUGCUUAUCAACAAGAGUCUCUCUCAAUUCAGAGCUUUUUUCUUUUCUCUCCAAUUCAGUGCUUCCCACAGUGCUUAUCAACAGAAGUCUCUCCAAUUCAGAGCUUUCUUUUCCCCACAGUGCUUAUCAACAAGAGAGUCUCUCCAAUUCAGUGCUUUCUUUUCCCUAUAGUGCUUAUCAACAAGAGAGUCUCUCCAAUUCAGAGCUUUCUUUUCCCCACAGUGCUUAUCAACAAGUCUCUCCAAUUUCAGGCUUUCUUUUCCAAGUGCUUUCAGAGAGUCUCUCCAAUUCAAACUUUCUUUUCCCCACAGUGCUUAUCAACAAUGCUUAUCAACCACACUCUUCUCUCCAAUUCAGUGCUUUUCUUUUUUCCCCACAGUGCUUAUCAACAAGGGAACUCUCCAAUUCAGGCUUUCUUUUCCCCACAGUGCUUAUCAACAAGAGAGUCUCUCAAUUCAGUGCUUUCUUUUCCCCACAGUGCUUAUCAACAAGAAAGUCUCUCCAAUUCAGAGCUUUUCUUUUCCCCACAGUGCUUAUCAACAAGAGAGUCUCUCCAAUUCAAGGCUUUCUUUUUCUAUAGUGCUUAUCAACAAGAGUGCUUAUCAACAAGAGUCUCUCCAAUUCAGAGCUUUCUUUUCCCACAGUGCUUAUCAACAAGAGAGUCUCUCCAAUUCAGUUCUUUCUUUUUCCCACAGUGCUUAUCAACAAGAGGUCUCUCCAAUUCAGUGCUUUUCUUUUCCCCACAGUGCUUAUCAACAAGAGAGUCUCUCAAUUCUUUCUUUUCCCACAGUGCUUUCAGUGUCUUUCUUUUCCCACAGUGCUUAUCAACAAGAGUCUCUCCAAUUCAAGCUUUCUUUUCCCACAGUGCUUAUCAACAAGAGUCUCUCAAUUCAGAGCUUUCUUUUCCCCCACAGUGCUUAUCAACAAGGUCUCUCCAAUUCAGAGCUUUUCUUUUUCCCACAGUGCUUAUCAACAAGAGAGUCUCUCCAAUUCAGUGCUUUCUUUUCCCCACAGUUCUUAUCAUCAAGAGAGUCUCUCCAAUUCAUAGCUUUCUUUUUUCCCCACAAGUGCUUAUCAACAAGAGAGUCUCUCAAUUCAGAGCUUUUUUUUCCCACAGUGCUUAUCAACAGAGUCUCUCCAAUUCAGGCUUUCUUUUCCCUAUAAUUGCUUAUCAACAAAUAGAGUUUCUCUCCAAUUCAGUCUCUCUUUCUUUUUCCCCCACAGUGCUUAUCAACAAUGAGGUCUCUCAAUUAAGGCUUUCUUUUCCCCACAGUGCUUAUCAACAGUCUCUCAAGAUUUUCUCUCCAAUUCAGAGCUUUCUUUUCCCCACAGUGCUUAUCAACAGAGAGUCUCUCCAAUUCUCAGCUUUCUUUUCCCUUUCUUUUCAACCAGAGUCUCUCAAUUCAGUGCUUUUCUUUUCCUGGUCUUAUCAACAGAGUCUCUCCAAUUCAGAGUUUUUCUUUUCCCCAGUGCUUAUCAACAAGAGUCUCUCCAAUUCAGAGCUUUCUUUUCCCCACAGUGCUUAUCAACAAGAGAGUCUCUCCAAUUCAGUGCUUUCUUUUCCCCCACAGUGCUUAUCAACAGAAAGUCUCCAAUUCAGGUUUCUUUUCAAUUCAGAGGCUUUCUUUUUCCCCACAGUGCUUAUCAACAAGAGUCUCUCAAUUCAGAGCUUUCUUUUCCCUAUAGUGCUUAUCAACAGAGUCUCUCAAUUCAGGGCUUUCUUUUCCCCCACAGUGCUUAUCAACAAAAGUCUCUCUCCAAUUCAGAGCUUUCUUUUCCCCACAGUGCUUAUCAACAAGAGAGUCUCUCCAAUUCAGCUUUCUUUUCCUAUAUGCUUAUCAACAAUGAGUCUCUCAAUUCAGAGUUUUCUUUUUCCCCAGUGCUUAUCAACAAGAGUCUCUCCAAUUCAGAGCUUUCUUUUUCCUAUAGUGCUUAUCAACAGAGAGUCUCUCAAUUCAGAGCUUUCUUUUCCCCAUAGUGCUUAUCAACAAGACAGUCUCUCCAAUUCAGAGCUUUCUUUUCCCCACAGUGCUUAUCAACAGAGAGUCUCUCCAAUUCAGUGCUUUCUUUUCCCCACAGUGCUUAUCAACAAGAGUCUCUCCAAUUCAGGCUUUCUUUUCCCCCACAGUGCUUAUCAACAGAGAGUCUCUCAAUUCAGUGCUUUCUUUUCCCCACAGCUUUCUUUUCCCCACAGUGCUUAUCAACAGAGUCUCUCAAUUCUCUCCAAUUCAGGCUUUCUUUUCCCCACAGUGCUUAUCAACAAGAGUCUCUCAAUUCAGAGCUUUCUUUUCCCCACAGUGCUUAUCAACAAGAGUCUCUCAAUUCAGAGCUUUCUUUUCCCCACAGUGCUUAUCAACAGAGAGUCUCUCCAAUUCAAGGCUUUCUUUUCCCCAACAGUCUCUCAAUUGCUUUCUUUUAUCAUCAACAGAGUCUCUCAAUUAAGGCUUUCUUUUCUUUUCAACAAGAGUCUCUCCAAUUCAGAGCUUUCUUUUGUGCUUAUCAACAGAGUCUCUCCAAUUCAGUGCUUUCUUUUCCCUCAAUUCAGUGCUUAUCAACAACAAGUCUCUCCAAUUCAGAGCUUUCUUUUCCCACAGUGCUUAUCAACAAAGAGUCUCUCAAUUCAGGCUUUUCUUUUCCCCAUAGUGCUUAUCAACAAGAGAGUCUCUCCAAUUCAUAGCUUUCUUUUCUUAGUGCUUAUCAACAAGAGAGUCUCUCCAAUUCAGUGCUUUCUUUUCCCACAGUGCUUAUCAACAAGAGUCUCUCAAUUCAGGCUUUCUUUUUCAGUGUAUCAACAAGAGUCUCUCCAAUUCAGUGCUUUCUUUUUCCCCAUAGUGCUUAUCAACAAGAGAGUCUCUCCAAUUCAGAGCUUUCUUUUCCCCCACAUUGCUUAUCAACAAGAGAGUCUCUCAAUUCAGAGCUUUCUUUUUCCCCACAGUGCUUAUCAACAGUCUCUCAAUUCAGAGCUUUCUUUCUCCAAUUCAGAUGCUUUCUUUUUACAGUGCUUAUCAACAAGAGAGUCUCUCAAUUCAGGCUUUCUUUUCCCACAGUGCUUAUCAACAAGAGAGUCUCUCAAUUCAGGCUUUCUUUUCCCUAUAGUGCUUAUCAACAAAGAGUCUCUCAAUUCAGGCUUUCUUUUCCCCACAGUGCUUAUCAACAAGAGAGUCUCUCAAUUCAGUGCUUUCUUUUCCCCACAGUGCUUAUCAACAAAGUCUCCUAAUUCAGAGCUUUCUUUCUCUCAAUUCUUAUCUCAAUUUCUUUCUUUCCCCAGUGCUUAUCAACAAAGAGUCUCUCCAAUUCAGAGUUUCUUUUCCCCCCAGUGCUUAUCAACAAGUCUCUCAAUUCAGUCUUUCUUUUCCAAGUGCUUUCAGUCUCUCAAUUCCAGAGCUUUCUUUUCCCCAGUGCUUAUCAACAAGAGUCUCUCCAAUUCAGAGCUUUCUUUUCCCCACAGUGCUUAUCAACAAGAGAGUCUCUCAAUUUUUCUUUUCCCCCACAGUGCUUAUCAACAAGAGAGUCUCUCCAAUUCAGGCUUUCUUUUCCCCACAGUGCUUAUCAACAAGAAGUCUCUCAAUUCAGUGCUUUCUUUUCCCCACAGUGCUUAUCAACAGAGAGUCUCUCCAAUUCACAGCUUUCUUUUCCCCACAGUGCUUAUCAACAAGAAGUCUCUCCAAUUCAGCUUUUCUUUUCCCCCACAGUGCUUAUCAACAAGAGAGUCUCUCCAAUUCAGGCUUUCUUUUCCCAUAAAGCUUUCUUUUCCCCACAGUGCUUAUCAACAAGAGAGUCUCUCCAAUUCAGAGCUUUCUUUUCCCCACAGUGCUUAUCAACAAGAGAGUCUCUCAAUUCACUUUCUUUCUUUUUCCCCAACAGUCUCUCCAAUUCAAGCUUUCUUUUCCCCACAGUGCUUAUCAACAGAGUCUCUCCAAUUCAGGCUUUCUUUUCCUAUAGUGCUUAUCAACAGAGUCUCUCAAUUCAGGCUUUCUUUCCCCAUAGUGCUUAUCAGCAAGAGAGUCUCUCCAAUUCAGAGCUUUCUUUUCCCCACAGUGCUUAUCAACAAGAAGUCUCUCUCCAAUUCAGAGCUUUCUUUUCCCCACAGUGCUUAUCAACAAGAGAGUCUCUCAAUUCAGUGCUUUCUUUUCCCACAGUGCUUAUCAACAGUCUCUCCAAUUCAGAGCUUUCUUUUCCCCACAGUGCUUAUCAACAAUGAAGUCUCUCCAAUUCAGUGCUUUUUUUUUCCCCAAUUCAAGGCUUUCUUUCCCCAGUGCUUAUCAACAGAAGUCUCUCAAUCCAGGCUUUCUUUUCCCACAGUGCUUAUCAACAAGAGAGUCUCUCAAUUCAGAGCUUUCUUUUCCCCCCUUAUCAACAAGAGAGUCUCUCCAAUUCAGGCUUUCUUUUUCCCACAGUGCUUAUCAACAAGAGAGUCUCUCCAAUUCAAGCUUUCUUUUCCCUUUUCCCCAAUUCAGUGCUUAUCAACAUCAAAGGUCUCUCAAUUCAGAGCUUUCUUUUCCCCCACAGUGCUUAUCAACAAGUCUCUCAAUUCAUGGUUUCUCUCAAUUCAGAGCUUUCUUUUCCCACAGUGCUUAUCAACAGAGUCUCUCCAAUUCAGAGCUUUUUUUUUCCCCACAGUGCUUAUCAACAAGAGUCUCUCAAUUCAGAGCUUUCUUUCCCCCCCAGUGCUUAUCAACAGAAGUCUCUCAAUUCAGGCUUUCUUUUCCCACAGUGCUUAUCAACAAGAGAGUCUCUCAAUUCAGAGCUUUCUUUUCCCCACAGUGCUUAUCAACAAGAGAGUCUCUCCAAUUCAGGAGCUUUCUUUUCCCAGUGCUUAUCAACAAGAGAGUCUCUCUCAAUUCAGAGCUUUCUUUUCCCCACAGUGCUUAUCAACAAGAGGUCUCUCCAAUUCAGAGCUUUCUUUUCCCCAGUGCUUAUCAACAAGAAGUCUCUCAAUUCAGAGCUUUCUUUUCCCCCCACAGUCAACUUAUCAACAACAGAGAGUCUCCCAAUUCAGGUCUCUUUCUUUUCCCCCAGUGCUUAUCAACAAGAGUCUCUCCAAUUCAGAGCUUUCUUUUCCCCAUAGUGCUUAUCAACAGAGAGUCUCUCAAUUCAAGCUUUCUUUUUCCCACAGUGCUUAUCAACAAGAAAGUCUCUCCAAUUCAGAGCUUUCUUUUUCCCCACAGUGCUUAUCAACAAGAGAGUCUCUCCAAUUCAGAGCUUUCUUUUCCCCACAGUGCUUAUCAACAGAGAGUCUCUCCAAUUCAGGCUUUCUUUCCCCACAGUGCUUAUCAACAAGAGAGAGUCUCUCCAAUUCAGGCUUUCUUUUCCCCAUAGUGCUUAUCAACAGAGAGUCUCUCAAUUCAGAGCUUUCUUUUUCCCCACAGUGCUUAUCAACAAGAGUCUCUCCAAUUCAGAGCUUUCUUUUCCCCACAGUGCUUAUCAACAGAGGUCUCUCAAUUCAGGCUUUCUUUUCCCCACAGUGCUUAUCAACAAGAGAUGCUUAUCAAGAUAAGUCUCUCCAAUUCAGUGCUUUCUUUUCCCCACAGUGCUUAUCAACAAGGGAGUCUCUCCAAUUCAGAGCUUUCUUUUCCCCACAAUUGCUUAUCAACAAGAGAGAGUCUCUCAAUUCAGAGCUUUCUUUCCCCACAGUGCUUAUCAACAAGAGUCUCUCAAUUCAGAGCUUUCUUUUCCCCAUAGUGCUUAUCAACAAGAGAGUCUCUCCAAUUCAGAGCUUUCUUUUCCCCACAGUGCUUAUCAACAAGAAGAGUCUCUCAAUUCAGAGCUUUCUUUUCCCCACAGUGCUUAUCAACAGGAGAGUCUCUCCAAUUCAGAGCUUUCUUUUCCCCACAGUGCUUAUCAACAAGAGUCUCUCAAUUCAGAGCUUUCUUUCCCCACAGUGUUUAUCAACAGAUAGUCUCUCAAUUCAGAGUUCUUUUCCCCACAGUGCUUAUCAACACAAGAGUCUCUCAAUUCAGGCUUUCUUUUCCCCACAGUGCUUAUCAACAAGAGGUCUCUCCAAUUCAGUGCUUUCUUUUCCCUACAGUGCUUAUCAACAGAGUCUCUCAAUUCAGAGCUUUCUUUUUUCCCCUUAUCAACAGAGAGUCUUAUCAACAAGAGCUUUCUCUCCAAUUCAGAGUCUCUUCUUUUCCCAUAGUGCUUAUCAACAAGAGUCUCUCCAAUUCAGAGCUUUCUUUUCAGUGCUUAUCAACAGAAGUCUCUCCAAUUCAGUUUUCUUUUCCCCCACAGUGCUUAUCAACAAGAGAGUCUCUCCAAUUCAGGCUUUCUUUUCCCACAGUGCUUAUCAACAAGAGAGUCUCUCCAAUUCAGGGCUUUCUUUCCCUAUAGUGCUUAUCAACAAGAGUCUCUCAAUUCAGAGCUUUCUUUUCCCCCACAGUGCUUAUCAACAGAGAGUCUCUCAAUUCAGAGCUUUCUUUUCCCCACAGUGCUUAUCAUCAAUUCAGAGCUUUCUUUUCCCAAUUCAGAGUCUCUCCUUUCUUUCCCCACAGUGCUUAUCAACAAGAGAGUCUCUCCAAUUCAGGGCUUUCUUUUCCCCACAGUGCUUAUCAACAAGAGAGUCUCUCCAAUUCAACUUUUCUUUUUCAGUGCUUAUCAACAAGAGUCUCUCCAAUUCUUUCUUUUCCCCACAGUGCUUAUCAACAAGAGAGUCUCUCCAAUUCAGUGCUUUCUUUUCCCCAUGGUGCUUAUCAACAAGAGUCUCUCAAUUCAGAGCUUUCUUUUCCCCACGGUGUUAUCAACAAGAGAGUCUCUCCAUUUCAGAACUUUCUUUUUUCCCACAGUGCUUAUCAGUGCUUUUCUUUUCCAAUAUAGAGUCUCUCCAAUUCAGGCUUUUCUUUUCCCCACAGUGCUUAUCAACAAGAGUCUCUCCAAUUCAGAGCUUUCUUUUCCCCACAGUGCUUAUCAAAGAGAGUCUCUCUCAAUUCACAGCUUUCUUUUUUCCCCAUUCAGUGCUUAUCAACAAGAGAGUCUCUCUCAAUUCAGAGCUUUCUUUUUCCAAUCAACAACAAGAGUCUCUCCAAUUCAGAGCUUUCUUUUCCCCACAGUGCUUAUCAACAGAGGUCUCUCCAAUUCAGAGCUUUCUUUUCCCUUAUCAACGAAAGUCUCAAUUCAGUGCUUAUCAUAUAAGCUUAUCAACAAGAGUCUCUCAAUUCAGAGCUUUCUUUUCCCACAGUGCUUAUCAACAGAGAGUCUCUCCAAUUCAGUGCUUUCUUUUCCCCACAGUGCUUAUCAACAAGAGUCUCUCAAUUCAAGGCUUUUUCCCCCACAGUGCUUAUCAACAAAGUCUCUCUCCAAUUCAGAGCUUUCUUUUCCCCACAGUGCUUAUCAACAAGAGAGGUCUCUCAAUUCCAGAGCUUUCUUUUUUCCCCACAGUGCUUAUCAACAAGAGAGUCUCUCCAAUUCAGUGCUUUCUUUUUCCCCACAGUGCUUAUCAACAAAGUCUCUCAAUUCAGAGCUUUCUUUUCCCCCAAUUCAGUCUCUUUCUUUUUCUUUACAGUGCUUAUCAGCAAAAGUCUCUCCAAUUCAGGCUUUCUUUUCCCCCACAGUGCUUAUCAACAAGAGUCCUCUCUCAAUUCAGUUCUUAUUCUUUUCCCCCCACAGUGCUUAUCAACAGAGGUCUCUCCAAUUCAGGCUUUCUUUUCCCCCACAGUGCUUAUCAAGGUCUCUCCAAUAAGUCCUCUCUCAAUUCAGAGCUUUCUUUUUUGCUUAUCAACAGAGGUCUCUCAAUUCAACAGUGUAUCAACAGAGAGUCUCUCAAUUCAGGCUUUCUUUUCCCCACAGUGCUUAUCAACAAGAGAGUCUCUCCAAUUCAAAGCUUUCUUUUCCCCACAGUGCUUAUCAACAAGAGAGUCUCUCCAAUUCAGGCUUUCUUUCCCCACAGCUUUCUUUUCCCCACAGUGCUUAUCAACAAGAAGUCUCUCAAUUCAGGCUUUCUUUUUCCCCACCAGUGCUUAUCAACAGAGAGGUCUCUCCAAUUCAGAGCUUUCUUUCCCCACAGUGCUUAUCAACAAGAGAAGUCUCUCAAUUCAGAGCUUUCUUUUCCCCACACUUUCUUUUUCCCCACAGUGCUUAUCAACAAAUCUCUCAAUUCACAGCUCUUUUCCCCAGUGCUUAUCAACAAGAGAGUCUCUCAAUUCAGAGCUUUCUUUUUCCCCACAGUGCUUAUCAACAAGAGUCUCUCAAUUCAGAGCUUUCUUUUCCCCACAGUGCUUAUCAACAAGAGAGUCUCUCUCCAAUUCAGGCUUUCUUUUCCCCACAGUGCUUAUCAACAAGAGUCUCUCAAUUCAGGCUUUCUUUUCCCCCAGUGCUUAUCAAAAAAGUCUCUCCAAUUCAGAGCUUUCUUUUCCCCACAGUGCUUAUCAACAGAAAGUCUCUCCAAUUCAGAGCUUUCUUUUCCCAGUGCUUAUCAACAAAGAGUCUCUCAAUUCAGGCUUUCUUUUCCCCACAGUGCUUAUCAACAAGAGUCUCUCCAAUUCAGAGCUUUCUUUUCCCCACAGUGCUUAUCAACAGAGAGUCUCUCAAUUCAGAGCUUUCUUUUCCCCAGUGCUUAUCAACAGAGAGUCUCUCAAUUCAGAGCUUUUCUUUUCUUUUCCCCACAGUGCUUAUCAACAAGAGUCUCUCCAAUUCAGGCUUUUCUUUUCCCCACAGUGCUUAUCAACAGAAGUCUCUCAAUUCAGAGUGCUUUCUUUUCCCCACAGUGCUUAUCAACAAGAGUCUCUCUCAAUUCAGAGCUUUCUUUUCCCCACAGUGCUUAUCCCCAGAGUCUCUCCAAUUCAGGCUUUCUUUCCCCACAGUGCUUAUCAACAGAAGUCUCUCAAUUCAGGGCUUUCUUUUCCCCCAGUGCUUAUCAACAAGAGAGUCUCUGCAAUUCACAGCUUUCUUUUCCCCACAGUGCUUAUCAACAGAGUCUCUCAAUUCAGGCUUUCUUUUCCCCACAGUGCUUAUCAACAAAGUCUCUCAAUUCAGAGCUUUCUUUUCCCCAGUGCUUAUCAACAAGAGUCUCUCCAAUUCAGGCUUUUCUUUCCCCCACAGUGCUUAUCAACAAGGAGUCUCUCCAAUUCACAGCUUUCUUUUCCCCACAGUGCUUAUCAACAAGAGGGGUCUCUCAAUUCAGAGCUUUCUUUUCCCCACAGUGCUUAUCAACAAGAGAGUCUCUCAAUUCAGGCUUUCUUUUCCCAGUGCUUAUCAACAAGAGAGUCUCUCCAAUUCAAGCUUUCUUUUUCCCCACAGUGCUUAUCAACAAGAGAGUCUCUCCAAUUCAGUGCUUUCUUUUCCCACAGUGCUUAUCAACAGAGAGUCUCUCCAAUUCAGAGCUUUCUUUUCCCCCACAGUGCUUAUCAACAGAGAGUCUCUCCAAUUCAGAGCUUUCUUUUCCCCUGGUGCUUAUCAACAAGAGAGUCUCAAUUCAGAGCUUUCUUUUCCCCACAGUGCUUAUCAACAAGAGUCUCUCUCAAUUCAGUGCUUUCUUUUCCCCACAGUGCUUAUCAACAAGAGUCUCUCAAUUCCCAGAGCUUUCUUUUCCCCACAGUGCUUAUCAACAAGAGAGUCUCUCCAAUUCAGAGCUUUUUUCCUAUAGUGAUUAUCAACAAGAGGUCUCUCCAAUUUCAGAGCUUUCUUUUUUCCCCACAGUGCUUAUCAACAAAGAGGUCUCUCAAUUCAGGCUUUCUUUUCCCCACAGUGCUUAUCAACAAGAGUCUCUCAAUUCAGGCUUUCUUUUCCCUCAAUUCAGAACUUUCUUAUCAACAACAAGUCUCUCAAUUCAGGCUUUCUUUUUUUUUUUUUUCUUAUCAACAGAGUCUCUCCAAUUCAGUGCUUUCUUUUCCCCACAGUGCUUAUCAACAGAGAGUCUCUCCAAUUCAGUGCUUUCUUUUCCCCAUAGUGCUUAUCAACAAGAGAGUCUCUCAAUUCAGAGCUUUCUUUCCCCACAGUGCUUAUCAACAAGAGAGUCUCUCCAAUUCAGAGCUUUCUUUUUCCCCACAGUGCUUAUCAACAAGAGGUCUCUCCAAUUCAGAGCUUUCUUUUCCCCACAGUGCUUAUCAACAAGAGAGUCUCUCAAUUCAGGCUUUCUUUCCCCACAGUGCUUAUCAACAAUAGAGUCUCUCCAAUUCAGGCUUUCUUUUUCCCCACAGUGCUUAUCAACAAAGAGAGUCUCUCAAUUCAGAGCUUUCUUUCCCCACAGUGCUUAUCAACAAGAGAGUCUCCAAUUCACAGCUUUCUUUUUCCCCAGUGCUUAUCACAUAAAGUCUCUCCAAUUCACAGCUUUCUUUUUCCCCACAGUGCUUAUCAACAAGAGAGUCCUCUUCAAUUCAGAGCUUUUCUUUUCCCCCGGUCUUAUCAACAAUAGAGUCUCUCAAUUCAGAGCUUUCUUUUCCAGUGUCUUAUCAACAGAGUCUCUCCAAUUCAGAGCUUUCUUUUCCCCCACAGUGCUUAUCAACAAGAGAGUCUCUCCAAUUCAGAGCUUUCUUUUUUACAGUGCUUAUCAACAAAGUCUCUCAAUUCACAGCUUUCUUUUUCCCCACAGUGCUUAUCAACAAGAAGUCUCCAAUUCAGAGCUUUCUUUUUCCCGCAAUGCUUAUCAACAAGAGAGUCUCUCAAUUCAGAGCUUUCUUUUCCCCACAGUGCUUAUCAACAAGAGGUCUCUCCAAUUCAGUGCUUUCUUUCUCUCCAAUUCAGAGGCUUUCUUUUCCCCCACAGUGCUUAUCAACAAGAUGCUUAUCAACAAUAGUCUCUCUCCAAUUCAGGCUUUCUUUUCCCCCAAGUGCUUCAACAAGAGUCUCUCCAAUUCAGUGCUUUCUUUUUAUAGUGCUUAUCAACAAGAGAGUCUCUUGAAUUCAGAGCUUUCUUUUUUUCCCCACAGUGCUUAUUCAACAAUAGAGUCUCUUCAAUUCCAGAGCUUUCUUUUCCCCACAGUGCUUAUCAACAAGAGGGAGUCUCUCCAAUUCAGAGCUUUCUUUUCCCCACAGUGCUUAUCAACAAGAGUCUCUCCAAUUCAGAGCUUUCUUUUCCCCACAGUGCUUAUCAACAAGUCUCUCAAUUCAGGCUUUCUUUUCCCCCACGGUAAUCAACAGAGAGUCUCAAUUCAGAGCUUUCUUUUCCCCACAGUGCUUAUCAACAGGGGGAGUCUCUCAAUUCAAGUGCUUAUCAGAGCAAUUUUCUUUUCCCCACAGUGCUUAUCAACAGAGAGUCUCUCCAAUUCAGUGCUUUCUUUUUCCUAUAGUGCUUAUCAACAGAGUCUCUCCAAUUCAGUGCUUUUUUUCCCCACAGUGCUUAUCAACAAGAGGUCUCUCCAACUCUUUUUCACAGUUUCUUUUCCCCACAGUGCUUAUCACAGUCUCUCCAAUUCAGAGCUUUCUUUUCCCCACAGUGCUUAUCAACAAAGAGUCUCUCAAUUCAGUGCUUUCUUUUUCCCUAUAGUGCUUAUCAACAAGAGAGUCUCUGCCCAAUUCAGAGCUUUCUUUUUCCCCACAGUGCUUAUCAACAAUAGAGCUUUCUUUCUCCAAUUCAGUCCUCUCAAUUCUUUUCCCCACAGUGCUUAUCAACAAGAAGUCUCUCCAAUUCCAGAGCUUUCUUUUUCCCCACAGUGCUUCAAUUCAAGCUUUCUUUUCCCCAGUGAGAGUCUCUCCAAUUCACAGCUUUCUUUUCCCCACAGUGCUUAUCAACAAGGAGUCUCUCAAUUCACAGCUUUUCUUUUCCCCACAGUGCUUAUCAACAAGAGAGUCUCUCCAAUUUCAGAGCUUUCUUUUUCCCCACAGUGCUUAUCAACAGAAGUCUGUCAAUUCAGAGCUUUCUUUUCCCCACAGUGCUUAUCAACAAAGAGGUCUCUCCAAUUCAGAGCUUUCUUUUUCCCCACAGUGCUUAUCAACAAGAGUCUCUCAAUUCAAACUUUCUUUUCCCAUGGUGCUUAUCAACAGAGAGUCUCUCCAAUUCACAGCUUUCUUUUCCCCACAGUGCUUAUCAACAAGAGAGUCUCUCCAAUUCAGUGCUUUCUUUUCCCACAGUGCUUAUCAACAAGAGAGUCUCUCCAAUUCAGAGCUUUCUUUUCCCCACAAGUAACUUAUCAACAAGAGUCUCUCCAAUUCAGCUUUCUUUCUUUCCCCAAUUCAGCUUGCUUUUCAACAAGAGAGUCUCUCCAAUUCAGGCUUUCUUUUCCCCCAGUGCUUAUCAACAAGAGAGUCUCUCCAAUUCAGGCUUUCUUUCCCUACAGUGCUUAUCAACAGAGUCUCUCCAAUUCAGGCUUUCUUUUCCCCACAGUGCUUAUCAACAAGAGUCUCUCUCAAUUCAGGCUUUCUUUUCCCAGUGCUUAUCAACAGAGGUCUCUCCAAUUCAGAGCUUUCUUUUCCUAUGGUGCUUAUCAACAACAGAGCUUUCUUUCUCUCAAUUCAGAGCUUUCUUUUCCCCACAGUGCUUAUCAACAAAGAAAUCUCUCUCCAAUUCAAGCUUUCUUUUCCCCACAGUGCUUAUCAACAAGAGAGUCUCUCCAAUUCAGAGCUUUCUUUUCCCCACAGUGCUUAUCAACAAGAGUCUCUCUCCAAUUCAGUGCUUUCUUUUCCCACAGUGCUUAUCAACAAGAGUCUCUCAAUUCAGAGCUUUCUUCCCCACAGUGCUUAUCAACAAGAGAGUCUCUCCAAUUCCAGGCUUUUCUUUUCCCACAGUGCUUAUCAACAAGAGAGUCUCUCCAAUUCAGGCUUUCUUUUCCCCACAGUGCUUAUCAACAAGAGAGUCUCUCAAUUCAGUGCUUUCUUUUCCCCACAGUGCUUAUCAACAAUAGAGUCUCUCUCUCCAAUUCAGAGCUUUCUUUCCCACAGUGCUUAUCAACAAGAGAGUCUCUCCAAUCAGAGCUUUCUUUUCCCCACAGUGCUUAUCAACAGAGAGUCUCCAAUUCAGAGCUUUCUUUUUCCCACAGUGCUUAUCAACAGAGAGUCUCUCCCAAUUCAGAGCUUUCAUUUCUUUUCCCCACAGUGCUUAUCCAACAAGAGUCUCUCCAAUUCAGAGCUUUCUUUUCCCCACAGUGCUUAUCAACAAUAGAGUCUCUCCAAUUCAGAGCUUUCUUUUCCCCACAGUGCUUAUCAACAAGAGAGUCUCUCCAAUUCAGAGCUUUCUUUUCCCCACAGUGCUUAUCAACAAUAGAGUCUCUCCAAUUCAGAGCUUUCUUUUCCCAGUGCUUAUCAACAGAGUCUCUCCAAUUCAGGCUUUCUUUUCCCCACAGUGCUUAUCAACAAGAAGUCUCUCAAUUCAGAGCUUUCUUUUCCCCACAGUGCUUAUCAAUUCUCAAUUCAGAGCUUUCUCUCAAUUCAGCUUUCUUUUUCAGUGCUUAUCAACAGAGUCUCUCCAAUUCAGUGCUUUCUUUUCCCUAUAGUGAUUAUCAACAAGAGAGAGUCUCUCCAAUUCAGAGCUUUCUUUUCCCACCACGGUGCUUAUCAACAGAGAGUCUCUCAAUUCAGUGCUUUCUUUUCCCCCACAGUGCUUAUCAACAAGAGUCUCUCCAAUUCAGAGCUUUCUUUUCCCUAGUGCUUAUCAACAGAGAGUCUCUCCAAUUCAGAGCUUUCUUUUCUCCCAAUUCAGUUCUUUUCCCCAAUCAACAGAGAGUCUCUCCAAUUCAUAGCUUUCUUUUCCCCACAGUGCUUAUCAACAAGAGAGUCUCUCCAAUUCAAACUUUCUUUUCCCCACAGUGCUUAUCAACAAAGAGUCUCUCCAAUUCAGGCUUUCUUUCCCCACAGUGCUUAUCAACAAGAGAGUCUCUCAAUUCAGGCUUUCUUUUUUCCCCACAGUGCUUAUCAACAAAGAGGUCUCUCAAUUCAGAGCUUUUCUUUUUCCCCACAGUGCUUAUCAACAAAGUCUCUCCAAUUCAGGCUUUCUUUUCCCCACAGUGCUUAUCAACAAGAGAGUCUCUCCAUUUUCAGGCUUUCUUUUUCCCCACAGUGCUUAUCAACAAGAGCUUUCUUUUCUCUCAAUUCAUUCAGCUUUCUUUUCCCCACAGUGCUUAUCAACAGAGUCUCUCAUUCAUUCUCAGCUUUCUUUUCCCUAUAGUGCUUAUCAACAAGAGAGUCCUCCAAUUCAGAGCUUUCUUUUCCCCACAGUGCUUAUCAUCAACAAAGUCUCUCCAAUUCAGGCUUUCUUUUCCCCACAGUGCUUAUCAACAGAGAGUCUCUCCAAUUCAGUGCUUUCUUUUCCCCACAGUGCUUAUCAACAAGAGAGUCUCUCCAAUUCAAGGCUUUCUUUUCCCACAGUGCUUAUCAACAAGAGUCUCUCCAAUUCAGCUUUCUUUUCCCUAUAGUGCUUAUCAACAAGAGAGUCUCUCAAUUCAGAGCUUUCUUUUCCCCCUUAUCAACAAGUGCUUAUCAACAACAAGAGGUCUCUCCAAUUCAGAGCUUUCUUUUCCCCACAGUGCUUAUCAACAAAGAGUCUCUCCAAUUCAGUGGUUUCUUUUCCCCACAGUGCUUAUCAACAAGAGUCUCUCCAAUUCAGGCUUUCUUUUCCCCACAGUGCUUAUCAACAAGAAGUCUCUCCAAUUCAGGCUUUUCUUUUCCCCAGGUGCUUAUCAACAAGAGAGUCUCUCAAUUCAGAGCUUUCUUUUCCCCCAGUGCUUUAUCAACAAGAGAGUCUCUCCAAUUCUGGAGCUUUCUUUUCCCCACAGUGCUUAUCAACAAGAGAGUCUCCAAUUCAGUCUUUCUUUUCCCUAUAAGCUUUCUUUUCCUUAUCAACAAGAGAAGUCUCUCCAAUUCAGGCUUUCUUUUCCCCACAGUGCUUAUCAACAGAGGGAGCUUUCUCCCCUCAGUGCUUAUCAAGAGAGCUUUCUUUUUCCCCACAGUGCUUAUCAACUAAAGAAGUCUCUCCAAUUCAGAGCUUUCUUUUUCCCCACAGUGCUUAUCAACAGAGAAGUCUCUCCAAUUCAGUGCUUUCUUUUCCCCCAGUGCUUAUCAACAAUAGUCUCUCUCAAUUCAGGCUUUCAAUUUUCCCCACAGUGCUUAUCAACAAGAGAGUCUCUCCAAUUCAGUGCUUUUUUUUUCCCUAUAGUGCUUAUCAACAAUAGAGGUCUCUCCAAUUCAGGCUUUCUUUUCCCCACAGUGCUUAUCAACAAAGAGUCUCUCAAUUCAGAGUUUUCUUUUCCCCACAGUGCUUAUCAACAAGAGUCUCUCCAAUUCAGAGUUUCUUUUUCUUUUCCCCACAGUGCUUUAUCAACAAGAUUUCUCUCCAAUUCAGAGCUUUCUUUUCCCCACAGUGCUUAUCAACAAGAGAGUCUCUCCAAUUCAGUGCUUUUUUCCCCCACAGUGCUUAUCAACAAGAGAGUCUCUCAAUUCAGGCUUUCUUUCCCUAUAGUGAUUAUCAACAGAGAGUCUCCAAUUCAGAGCUUUCUUUUCCCCCAUAGUGCUUAUCAACAGAGUCUCUCAAUUCAAACUUUCUUUUCCCACAGUGCUUAUCAACAAAGAGAGUCUCUCCAAUUCAAGCUUUCUUUUCCCCACAGUGCUUAUCAACAAGAGGUCUCUCAAUUCAGAGCUUUCUUUUCCCCACAGUGCUUAUCAACAAAGAGAGUCUCUCAAUUCAGAGCUUUCUUUCCCACAGUGCUUAUCAACAAGAGAGUCUCUCAAUUCAGUUGCUUUCUUUUCCCUAUAGUGCUUAUCAACAAGAGAGUCUCUCCAAUUCAGGCUUUCUUUUCCCCACAGUGCUUAUCAACAAUAGAGUCUCUCCAAUUCAGUGCUUUCUUUUCCCCUAUAGUGCUUCAAUUCAUCAACAACAGAGUCUCUCUCAAUUCAGUGGUUUCUUUUCCCUAUAGUGCUUAUCAACAAGAGGUCUCUCCAAUUCAGGCUUUCUUUUCCCCACAAGCUUUCUUUUCCCCUAGUGCUUAUCAACAGAGAGUCUCUCAAUUCAGAGCUUUCUUUUCCCACAGUGCUUCUCUCCAAUUCAAGAGCUUUCUUUCCCCCCACAGUGCUUAUCAACAAGAGAGUCUCUCCAAUUCAGAGCUUUCUUUUCAGUUUAUCAAUGGAGUCUCUCUCAAUUCAGAGCUUUCUUUUCCCCACCCAGUGCUUAUCAACAAGAGAGUCUCUCCAAUUGCUUUUUUUUCCCCCAGUGCUUAUCAACAGAGAGUCUCUCCAAUUCAGUGGUUUCUUUUCCCUAUAGUGCUUAUCAACAAGAGAGUCUCUCAAUUCAGUGCUUUCUUUUCCCCAGUGCUUAUCAACAGAGUCUCUCAAUUCAGACUUUCUUUUCCCCAGUGCUUAUCAACAAAGAGUCUCUCAAUUCAGGCUUUUCUUUUCCCCUGGUGCUUAUCAACAAGGGGAGUCUCUCAAUUCAGAGCUUUCUUUUCCCCACAGUGCUUAUCAACAAGAGUCUCUCAAUUCAGUGCUUUCUUUUCCCCACAGUGCUUAUCAACAAGAGGAGUCUCUUCAAUUCAGUUCUUUCUUUUCAACAGAGAGUCCUCAAUUCAGUGCUUUCUUUUUUAUCAUCAACAGAGAGUCUCUCCAAUUCAGGCUUUCUUUUUUCUCAACAAGAGGUCUCUCCAAUUCAGAGCUUUCUUUUCCCCACAGUGCUUACGAGAGGUCUCUUCAAUUCAGUGCUUUCUUUUCCCCCUUAUCAACAAUAGGGUCUCUCAAUUUGCUUUCUUUUCCCCACAGUGCUAUCAACAGAGAGUCUCUCAAUUCAGAGCUUUCUUUUCCCCACAGUGCUUAUCAACAAGGGGUCUCUCCAAUUCAGGCUUUCUGCUUAUCAACCAGUCUCUCCAAUUCAGUUUUCUUUUUCCCCACAGUGCUUAUCAACAGAGAGUCUCUCCAAUUCAGAGCUUUCUUUCCCCCCUUAUCAACAAGUGCUCUCUCAAUUCAGGUUUUCUUUUCCCCACAGUCUCAGCAAGUCUUCAAUUCAAGCUUUCUUUUCCCCACAGUGCUUAUCAACAAGAGAGUCUCUCCAAUUCAGUGCUUUCUUUUCCCCACAGUGCUUAUCAACAAAGAAGUCUCUCAAUUCAGUGGUUUUCUUUUCCCAUAGUGCUUAUCAACAAUUCAGUGGUUUCCAAUUCAGAGCUUUCUCUUUUCCCCACAGUGCUUAUCAACAAAGAAGUCUCUCCAAUUCAGGCUUUCUUUCUUUUCCCCUUAUCAACAGAGAGUCUCUCAAUUCAAACUUUCUUUUCCCCCACAGUGGCAUCAACAAGAGAGUCUCUCCAAUUCAGAGCUUUCUUUUCCCACAGUGCUUAUCAACAAAGAGUCUCUCAAUUCAAACUUUCUUUUCCCACAGUGCUUAUCAACAGAGAGUCUCUCCAAUUCGGUGCUCUUUUUCUUUUCAACAAGAGAAGUCUCUCCAGUUCAGAGCUUUCUUUUAUCAACAGAGAGUCUCUCAAUUCAGUGCUUUCUUUUCCCUAUAGUGCUUUUCAACAAGAGAGUCUCUCCAAUUCAGGCUUUCUUUUCCCCACAGUGCUUAUCAACAAAGAGUCUCUCUUCAAUUCAGGCUUUCUUUCCCCCCAGUGCUUAUCAACAAGAGGCUUUCUUUCCCCAAUUGCUUAUCAACAAGAGAGUCUCUCAAUUCAGAGUUCUUUCUUUUCCCUCAGUUCAGUGCUUAUCAACAGAGUCUCUCAAUUCAGUGCUUUCUUUUCCCCCACAGUGCUUAUCAACAAGAGUCUCUCCAAUUCAGAGCUUUCUUUUCCCCCAUGGUGCUUAUCAACAAAGUCUCUCAAUUCAGGCUUUCUUUUCCCCAGUGCUUAUCAACAAGAAAGUCUCUCCAAUUCAGUGCUUUUUUUCCCUACAGUGCUUAUCAACAAGUCUCUCCAAUUCAGAGCUUUCUUUUCCCCAGUGCUUAUCAACAGAGGUCUCUCUCCAAUUCAGAGCUUUCUUUUCCCCCAGUGUAUCAACAAUAGAGUCUCUCCAAUUCAAGAGCUUUCUUUUUCCCCACAGUGCUUAUCAACAAGAGAGUCUCUCAAAUUCAGGCUUUCUUUUUUCCCCACAGCUUAUCAACAAGAGAGUCUCUCCAAUUCAGUGCUUUUCUUUCCCCCGGUGCUUAUCAACAAGAGGGGUCUCUCAAUUCAGGCUUUCUUUUUCCCCAUAGUCUUAUCAACAAGAGAGUCUCUCCAAUUCAGAGCUUUCUUUUCCCCGCAGUGCUUAUCAACAAGAGAGUCUCUCAAUUCAGAGCUUUCUUUUCCCCACAGUGCUUAUCAACAGAGAGUCUCUCCAAUUCAGUGCUUUCUUUUCCCCACAGUGCUUAUCAACAAGAGAGUCUCUCCAAUUCAGAGCUUUCUUUUCCCCACAGUGCUUAUCCUUAAACAAGUCUCUCUAGAGCUUUCUUUUCUCCAAUUCAGUCUCUCCAAUUCAGAGCUUUCUUUUCCCACAGUGCUUAUCAACAGAGAGUCUCUCCAAUUCAGGCUUUCUUUUCCCACAGUGCUUAUCAACAAAGUCUCUCCAAUUCAGUGCUUUCUUUUUCCCACAGUGCUUAUCAACAAGAGAGUCUCUCAAUUCAGAGCUUUCUUUUCCCCCAGUGCUUAUCAACAAGAAGUCUCUCUCAUUCAGAGCUUUCUCAAUUCCUCCUCCAAUUCAGGCUUUCUUUUUCCCUAUAGUGCUUAUCAACAGAGUCUCUCCAAUUCAGAGCUUUCUUUUCCCCACAGUGCUUAUCAACAAAGAGGUCUCUCCAAUUCAGAGCUUUCUUUUCCCCACAGUGCUUAUCAACAGAGAGUCUCUCAAUUCAGUGCUUUCUUUUCCCCAUAUCUCUCAAUUCAGAGCUUUCUUUUCCCCACAGUGCUUAUCAACAAGAGUCUCUCCAAUUCAGUGCUUUCUUUUCCCCACAGUGCUUAUCAACAAAAAGUCUCUCAAUUCAGAGCUUUCUUUUCCCCACCAAUUAACCUAUCAACAAACAGUCUCUCCAAUUCCAGGCUUUCUUUUCCCCACAGUGCUUAUCAACAAGUCUCUCCAAUUCAGUGCUUUCUUUUCCCUAUAGUGCUUAUCAGCAAGAGUCUCUCCAAUUCAGAGCUUUCUUUUCCCUAUAAUUCUAUCAACAAGUCUCUCCAAACUUUUCUUUUCCCCACAGUGCUUAUCAACAAAGAGUCUCUCCAAUUCAGAGCUUUCUUUUCCCCACGGUGCUUAUCAACAAGAGAGUCUCUCCAAUUCAGGCUUUCUUUUCCCCACAGUGCUUAUCAACAAAGUCUCUCCAAUUCAGGCUUUCUUUUUCCUAUAGUGCUUAUCCAACAGAGAGUCUCUCUCAAUUCAAGCUUUCUUUUCCCCCACAUGCUUAUCAACAGAGGUCUCUCCAAUUCAGAGCUUUCUUUUCCCCACAGUGCUUAUCAACAAGAGAGUCUCUCCAAUUCAGUGCUUUCUUUUCCUAUAGGGUGCUUAUCAACAAUAAGUCUCUCAAUUCAGAGCUUUCUUACAGUGCUUAUCAACAAGAGGUCUGUGUCAGAGCUUUCUUUUCCCAGUGCUUAUCAACAAGAGAGUCUCUCCAGUUCAAACUUUCUUUUCCCCACAGUGCUUAUCAACAAGAGUCUCUCUCAAUUCAGGCUUUCUUUUUUCCCCACAGUGCUUAUCAACAAGUCUCCUCCAAUUCAUAGCUUUCUUUUCCCCCACAGUGCUUAUCAACCAGAGUCUCUCCAAUUCAGGCUUUCUUUCCCCCAUAGUGCUUAUCAACAAGAAGUCUCUCAAUUCCAGCUUUCUUUUCCCCAGUGCUUAUCAACAAGAGAGUCUCUCCAAUUCAGAGCUUUCUUUUUCCCACAGUGCUUAUCAACAAGAGAGUCUCUCCAAUUCAGUGCUUUCUUUUCCCCCAGUGCUUAUCAACAGAGUCUCUCCAAUUCAGUGCUUUCUUUUCCCCUGGUGCUUAUCAACAAGAGAGUCUCUCCAAUUCAGAGCUUUCUUUUCCCACAGUGCUUAUCAACAAAGAGUCUCUCCAAUUCAGGCUUUCUUUUCCCCUUAUCAUAUCUUAUCAACAUAGUCUCUCCAAUUCAGAGCUUUCUUUUUCCUAUAAUUCAACAAAGAGGUCUCUCCAAUUCAGAGCUUUCAACAGUGCUUAUCAACAAAAUUCUCUCCAAUUCAGGCUUUCUUUUCCCCCCAGUGCUUAUCAACAAGAGUCUCUCAAUUCAGUGCUUUCUUUUCCCUGGUGCUUAUCAACUUAGAGAGUCUCUCCAAUUCAGGCUUUCUUUUCCCCACAGUGUAUUAUCAACAGAAAGUCUCUCUCCAAUUCAGAGCUUUCUUUUCCCCACGCAGUGCUUAUCAACAAGAGGUCUCUCAAUUCAGAGCUUUCUUUUCCCACAGUGCUUAUCAACAAGAGAGUCUCUCCAAUUCAGUGCUUUCUUUUCCUAUAGUGCUUAUCAACAGAGAGAGUCUCUCCAAUUCAGGCUUUCUUUUCCCCACAGUGCUUAUCAACAAGAGAGUCUCUCCAAUUCAGGGCUUUCUUUUCCCCCACAGUGCUUAUCAACAAUGAGUCUCUCAAUUGUUUUCUUUCUUUCCCCCACAGUGCUUAUCAACAGAGUCUCUCCAAUUAGGCUUUCUUUCCCCCACAGUUGCUUAUCAACAAGAGAGUCUCUCAAUUCAGUGCUUUCUUUUCCCCACAGUGCUUAUCAACAGAGAGAGUCUCUCCAAUUCAGACUUUCUUUUCCCACAGAUGCUUAUCAACAAGAGAGUCUCUCAAUUCAGAGCUUUCUUUUCCCCACAGUGCUUAUCAACAGAGUCUCUCAAUUCAAACUUUCUUUCCCCACAGUGCUUAUCAACAGAGAGUCUCUCCAAUUCAGUCUUUCUUUUCCUAGUGCUUAUCAACAAAGAAGUCUCUCUCAAUUCAGGCUUUCUUUUCCCACAGUGCUUAUCAACAAGAGUCUCUCUCAAUUCAGAGCUUUCUUUUCCCACAGUCCUUAUCAACAAUUCAGGCUUCUUUUCCUCCAAUUCAGUCUCUCCAAUUUUUUUUUUAUAGUGCUUAUCAACAAGAGAGUCUCUCUCCAAUUCAAACUUUUCUUUUCCAAUAUGCUUAUCAACAAAGAGAUUCUCUCAAUUCAGAACUUUCUUUUCCCACAGUGCUUAUCAACAAAAAGUGAAGUCUCUCCAAUUCAGAGCUUUCUUUUUCCCCACAGUGCUUUAUCAACAAGAGUCUCUCUCAAUUCAAUUGCUUUCUUUUUCCCUAUAGUGCUUAUCAACAAAGUCUCUCCAGAAUCUCUCAAUUCAGUGCUUUCUUUUUUCUCCAACAGUGCUUAUCAUCAACAGAAGUCUCUCCAAUUCAGUGCUCUUUCCUUUCUUUUCCCACAGUGCUUAUCAACAAUGCUUAUCGACAAGAGUCUCUCAAUUCAGAGCUUUCUUUCCCCACAGUGCUUAUCAACAGAGAGUCUCUCAGUUCAGAGCUUUCUUUUCCCCACCAGUCUUAUCAACAAGAUCUCUCCAAUUCAGUUAACUUUCUUUUCCCCACAGUGCUUAUCCCAACAAGAGAGUCUCUCCAAUUCCUUUCUUUUCCCUAUAGUGCUUAUCAACAAGAGAGUCUCUCCAAUUCAAACUUUCUUUUCCCCCACAGUGCUUAUCCAACAAGAGAGUCUCUCAAUUCAGAGCUUUCUUUUCCCCACAGUUCUUAUCAACAAGAGAUUCUCUCCAAUUCAGGCUUUCUUUUUCCCCACAGUGCUUAUCAACAAUAGGGUCUCUCCAAUUCAGGCUUUCUUUUCCCCACAGUGCUUUAUCAACAAUGGGGUCUCUCCAAUUCAGAGCUUUCUUUUCCCACAGUGCUUAUCAACAAGAGAGUCUCUCCAAUUCAGGUUUUCUUUUCCCCACGGUGCUUAUCAACAAAAGUCUCUCAAUUCAGGGCUUUCUUUUCCCCACAGUUCUUAUCAACAAAAGUCUCUCAAUUCCUUCUUUUUCCCCAGUGCUUAUUUCUCUUUUCUUUCCACAGUGCUUUUAACAAGUGAGUCUUAUCAAUUCAGGCUCUCCAAUUCAGUUCUUUCUUUUCCCCAUAGUGCUUAUCAACAGAGAGUCUCUCAAUUCAAACUUUCUUUUCCCCACAGUGCUUAUCAACAAGAGAUGGUCUCUCAAAUUCAGGUUCUUUCUUUUCCCCACAGUGCUUAUCAACAAGAAGUCUCUCAAUUCAGGGCUUUCUUUUCCCCAUAUGCUUAUCAUCAGAGAUUCUCUCAAUUCAGAGCUUUCUUUUCCCCACAGUAUCAACAGCAGGAAGAGUCCUCUCCAAUUCAGGCUUUCUUUUCCCACAGUGCUUAUCAACAAGUCUCUCCAAUUCAGAGCUUUCUUUUUCCCCACAGUGCUUAUCAACAAGGUCUCUCCAAUUCAGAGCUUUCUUUUUCCCCACAGUGCUUAUCAACAAUAGAGUCUCUCCAAUUCAGAGCUUUCUUUUCCUACAGUUCUUAUCAACAAGAGAGUCUCUCUCAAUUCAGAGCUUUCUUUUUCCCAGGUCUCUCCAAUUCAGUGCUUAUCAACAGAGAGUCUCUCAAUUCAGAGCUUUUCUUUUUCCCCACAGUGUUUAUCAACAUCAGAGUCUCUCCAAUUCAAACUUUCUUUUCCCCCAGUGCUUAUCAACAGAGAGUCUCUCAAUUCAGAGCUUUUCUUUUCCCCACAGUGCUUAUCAACAAGAGAGUCUCUCCAAUUCAGAGCUUUCUUUUCCCCACAGUGCUUAUCAACAAGAGUCUCUCAAUUCAAACUUUCUUUUUCCCCCACAGUGCUUAUCAACAAGAGAGUCUCUCCAAUUCAGAGCUUUAUUUUCCCCACAGUGCUUAUCAACAAGAAGUCUCUCCAAUUCAGAGAGCUUUCUUUUUCCCAGUGCUUAUCAACAAGAGAGUCUCUCUAAUUCAGGCUUUCUUUUCCCCACAGUGCUUAUCAACAGAGUCUCUCCAAUUCAGAGCUUUCUUUUCCCCCAGUGCUUAUCAACAAAAGUCUCCAAUUCAAGUUUCUUUUUCCUAUAGUGCUUAUCAACAAGAGAGUCUCUCCAAUUCAGAGCUUUCUUUUCCCCCAGUGCUUAUCAACAAGAGCUUUUCUUUUCCCUAUAGUGCUUAUCAACAAGAGUCUCUCUCAAUUUCAGUGCAUUCUUUUUCCCUACAGUGCUUAUCUGACAAAUUCUCUCAAUUCAGAGCUUUCUUUUCCCCACAGUGUUUUAUCAACAAGAUAGUCUCUCCAAUUCAGAGCUUUCUUUUCCCUGGUGCUUAUCAACAAGAGUCUCUCCAAUUCAGUGCUUUCUUUUCCCCCUACAGUGCUUAUCAACAAGAGAGUCUCUCCAAUUCAGGCUUUCUUUUUUCUUUCUCCAGUCCAGAGUUCUUUUAUCUUAUCCAGCAAAGUCUCUCAAUUCAGAGCUUUCUUUUUUUCCCCACAGUGCUUAUCAACAAGAGAGUCUCUCCAAUUCAGGCUUUCUUUUUCCCCACAGUGCUUAUCAACAUGAGUCUCUCCAAUUCAGAGCUUUCUUUUCCCCAGUGUUUAUCAACAAAAGUCUCUCUCUCCAAUUCAGGCUUUCUUUUCCCCCCAGUGUUUAUCAACAAGAAGUCUCUCCAAUUCAGAGCUUUCUUUUCCCACAGUGCUUAUCAACAAGAGGAGUCUCUCAAUUCAGAGCUUUCUUUCCCCAGGUUCUUAUCAACAAGUCACUCCAAUUCAGAACUUUCUUUUCCCCACAGUGCUUAUCAACAAGAGGCUUUCUUUUUCCCACACAGUGCUUAUCAACAGAAGAGUCUCUCUCCAAUUCAGAGCUUUCUUUUCCCCACAGUGCUUAUCAACAAGAAGUCUCUCUCCAAUUCAGUGCUUUCUUUUCCCCACAGUGCUUAUCAACAAAGAGUCUCUCCAAUUCAGGGCUUUCUUUUCCCCACAGUGCUUAUCAACAAGAGUCUCUCCAAUUCAGGCUUUCUUUCCCCCACAGUGCUUAUCAACAAGAGAGUCUCUCCAAUUCAGUGCUUUCUUUUUCCCUUUAUCAACAAGAGAGUCUCUCCAAUUCAGGCUUUCUUUUCCCCACAGUGCUUAUCAACAGAGAUUCUCUCCAGUCUUUCUUCUCCCCACAUUCAAGAGGAUCUCUUUCAAUUUUUCCCCACAGUGCUUAUCAACAAGAGUCUCUCCAAUUCAAGCUUUCUUUUCCCCACAGUGCUUAUCAACAAAGAGUCUCUCUCAAUUCAGAGCUUUCUUUUCCCCACAGUGCUUAUCAACAAGAGAGAGUCUCUCCAAUUCGAGCUUUCUUUUCCCCACAGUGCUUAUCAACAAGAGAGUCUCUCCAAUUCAAGGCUUUCUUUCCCCCACAGUGCUUAUCAACAAGAGGUCUCUCCAAUUCAGUGCUUUUCUUUUCCUAUGGUGUUUAUCAACAAGAGAGUGCUUUCUUUUCCCCCACAGUGUUUAUCAACAGAAGUCUCUCCAAUUCAGAGCUUUCUUUUCCCCACAAGUAACUUAUCAAAGUCUCUCUCCAAUUCAGAGCUUUCUUUUCCCCACAGUUCUUAUCCAACAACAAAGAUUCUCUCCAAUUCAAACUUUCUUUUCCUAUGGUGCUUAUCAACAAGAGUCUCUCAAUUCAGGCUUUCUUUUCCCCACCAGUGCUUAUCAACAAAGAGAGUCUCUCAAUUCAGAGCUUUCUUUUCCCCACAGUGCUUAUCAACAAUAUGCUUAUCCAAGAAGUCUCUCUCCAAUUCUUUUCCCAGUGCUUUCUUUUUCCUUUCCCACAGUGCUUAUCAACAAGAGGGUCUCUCCAAUUCAGAGCUUUCUUUUCCCCCAGUGCUUAUCAACAGAGAAGUCUCUCCAAUUCAGGCUUUCUUUUUCCCCACAGUGCUUAUCAACAGUCUCUCAAUUCAGGCUUUCUUCCAGUGCUUAUCAACGGCAAGAGCUUUCUCUCCAAUUCAGGCUUUCUUUUCUCAGUGCUUAUCAACAAAGUCUCUCAAUUCAGUGCUUUCUUUUCCCUAUAGUGCUUAUCAACAGAAGGUCUCUCAGUUUCAAGGCUUUCUUUUACAGUGCUUAUCAACAGAAGGUCUCUCCAAUUCAGUAAACUUUCUUUUCCCCAGUGCUUAUCAACAAGAAGUCUCUCAAUUCAGGCUUUCUUUUCCCAAGUUCUUAUCAACAAGAGUCUCUCAAUUCAGGCUUUCUUUUCUAUACAGUGCUUAUCAACAAGAGAAGUCUCUCAAUUCACAGCUUUUCUUUUCCCCGUUUAACCUUAUCAACAGAGUCUCUCCAAUUCAGGCUUUCUUUCCCCCGAGAGUCUCUCAGUGCUUAUCAAUCAAGGUCUCCAAUUCAGGCUUUUCUUUUCCCUAUAAUUCUUAUCAACAAGAGGUCUCUCCAAUUCAGGCUUUCUUUUCCCCACAGUGUGCUUAUCAACAGAGGAGUCUCUCCAAUUCACAGCUUUCUUUUCCCCAAGUGCUUAUCAACAAGAAAGUCUCUUCAAUUCCAGAGCUUUCUUUUCCCCACCAGUGCUUAUCAACAAUAGAAGUCUCUCUGAUUCAGGCUUUCUUUUCCCCACAGUGCUUAUCAGCAAGAGGUCUCUCAAUUCAGAGCUUUCUUUUCCCCACAGUGCUUAUCAACAAGAGAGUCUCUCCAAUUCAGGGCUUUCUUUUUCCCCACACAGUGCUUAUCAACAAGAGAGUCUCUCCAAUUCAAACUUUCUUUUCCCACAGUGCUUAUCAUAGUGUAUCAACGAGAGAGUCUCUCAAUUCAGACUUUUCUUUUUCCCCACAAUGCUUAUCAACAAAAGAGUCUCUCCAAUUCAUAGCUUUCUUUUCCCCACAGUGCUUAUCAACAAGAGAGUCUCUCCAAUUCAGAGCUUUCUUUUUUCCCCCACAGUGCUUAUCAACAAGAUUCUCUCUCAAUUCAGUGCUUUCUUUUCCCUAUAGUGUUUAUCAACAGAUAGUCUCUCCAUUCAGAGCUUUCUUUUCCCCACAGUGCUCAACAAGAAGUCUCUCAAUUCAGAGCUUUCUUUUCCCCACAGUGCUUAUCAACAAGAGAGUCUCUCUAAUUCAGAGCUUCUUUUUCCCCACAGUGCUUAUCAACAAGAAGUCUCUCCAAUUCAGAGUUUUCUUUUUUCCCCACAGUGCUUAUCAACAAGAGAGAGUCUCUCAAUUCAGGCUUCUUUUCCCCACAGUGUAUCAACAAGAGAGUCUCUCUAAUUCCAGAGCUUUCUUUUCCCCAGUGCUUAUCAACAAGAGAGUCCUCUCAAUUCAGGCUUUCUUUUCCCCUAUAGUACUUAUCAACAAGGAGUCUCUCUCAAUUCAGGCUUUCUUUUCCCCACAGUCUUAUCAACAAAGAUUCUCUCCAAUUCAGGCUUUCUUUUCCCCACAGUGUUUAUCAACAGUCUCAAUUCAGAGCUUUCUUUUUCCCAAGUGCUUUCAACAGAGUCUCCAAUUUCUUUUCCUUACAGUCUCCAAUUCAGAGAGUCUCUCCAAUUCAGAGCUUUCUUUUCCCCAUAUUGCUUAUCAACAGAAGUCUCUCAAUUCAGGCUUUCUUUUUCCCAUAGUGCUUAUCAACAAGAAAGUCUCUCUGAGAACUUUCUUUUUUCCCACAGUGCUUAUCGAGAGUCUCUCCAAAGAGCUUUUCCCCACAGUGUCAACUCUCCAAUUCAGUGCUUUCUUUUCCCCCACAGUGCUUAUCAACAAGAGAGUCUGUCCAAUUCAGAGCUUUCUUUUCCCCGGUGUAUCUAACAAGAGAGUCUCUCCAAUUCAGAGCUUUCUUUUCCCCACCAGUGCUUAUCAUCAAGAGUCUCUCCCAAUUCAGAGCUUUCUUUUUUACAGUGCUUAUCAACAAGAGUCUCUCAAUUCAGAGCUUUCUUUUCCCCACAGUGCUUAUCAACAAGAGAGUCUCUCAAUUAGGCUUUCUUUUCCCCACAGUGCUUAUCAGCAAGAGAGGUCUCUCAAUUCAGAGCUUUCUUUUCCCCACAGUGCUUAUCAACAAGAGAGUCUCUCCAAUUUCAGGCUUUCUUUCCCCACAGUGCUUAUCAACAAGAGAGUCUCUCAAUUCAGGCUCUUUUUCCCCCAGUGGCUUAUCAACAAGAGGUCUCUCAAUUCAAACUUUCUUUUCCCCACAGUGCUUAUCAACAAGGGAGUCUCUCCAAUUCAGGUGCUUUCUUUUCCCCAUAGUGCUUAUCAACAGGGAGUCUCCAAGUCAGAGCUUUCUUUCCAUGGUGCUUUCAACAAGAGAGUCUCUCAAUUCAGAGCUUUCUUUUCCCCACAGUCCUUAUCAACAUUAGAGUCUCUCCAAUUCAGUGCUUUCUUUCCCCAUGGUGCUUAUCAGUCUCUCCAAUUCAGAGCUUUUCUUUCCUAUAGUGCUCUCAACAAUUCAGUGCUUUCUUUUCCCCACAGUGCUUAUCAACAAGGAGGUCUCUCCAAUUCAGGCUUUCUUUUUCCCCACAGUGCUUAUCAACAAGAGGUCUCUCAAUUCAGGCUUUCUUUUCCCCACAGUGCUUAUCAACAAGAGGAGAGUCUCUCCAAUUCAGGCUUUCUUUUCCCCCAGUGCUUAUCAACAGAGAGUCUCUCAAUUCAGUGCUUUUCUUUUUUCCCCACAGUGCUUAUCAACAAGGUCUCUCAAUUCAGAGCUUUCUUUCCCCAAGUGCUUAUCAACAAGAGUUUUCCCCCAGUGCUUGUCAACAAGAAAGUCUCUCCAAUUCAGUGCUUUCUUUUCCCUAUGGUGCUUAUCAACAAAGUCUCUCAAUUCAAACUUUCUUUUUUCCCCACAGUGCUUAUCAACAAGAGGUCCUCUCAAUUAGGCUUUCUUUUCCCCACCGGUGCUUUGCAACAGAAAUUCUCUCAAUUCAUGACUUUCUUUUCCCUGGUGCUUAUCAACAGAGAGUCUCUCCAAUUCCAGGCUUUCUUUACAGUGCUUACCUCAACAAAGAGAGUCUCUCCAAUUCAGGCUUUCUUUUCCCCACAAUUGCUUAUCAACAAGAGGUCUCUCCAAUUCGGCUUUCUUUUCCCCAGUGCUUAUCAACAAGAAAGUCUCUCAAUUCAGUGCUUUCUUUUCCCCAGUGCUUAUCAACAAGAGUCUCUCCAAUUCAGUGCUUUCUUUUUUCCCACAGUGCUUAUCAACAAGAGAGUCUCCAAUUCAGUGCUUUCUCUCCAAGUCUCUCCAAUUCUGUCUUUUCCCCCACGUGCUUAUCAACAGAAGUCUCUCCAAUUCAGAGCUUUCUUUCCCCCACAGUGCUUUAUCAACAAGAGAGUCUCUCCAAUUCAGUGCUUUCCUUUCCCUAGUGCUUAUCAACAAAGAGGUCUCUCAAUUCGAGCUUUUCUUUUCCCCACAGUGCUUAUCAACAAGAAGUCUCUCCAAUUCAGUGCUUUCUUUUUUUUUUUUUUUUCCCCUUAUCAGCAAGAGAGUCUCAAUUCCAUUUCUUUUCCCCCACAGUGCUUAUCAACAGAGAGUCUCUCCAAUUCAGGCUUUCUUUUCCCCACAGUGCUUAUCAACAAAGAGUCUCUCUCAAUUCAGUGCUUUCUUUUCCCCCACAGUGUAUUAUCAAGAAAGUCUCUCAAUUCAAACUUCUUUUUCCACAGUGCUUAUCAACAAGAGUCUCUCCAAUUCAGUACUUUCUUUUCCCCCCAGUGCUUAUCAACAGAAGUCUCUCCCAAUUCAGAGCUUUCUUUUUCCCCACAGUGCUUAUCAACAAUGGGGUCUCUCAAUUUAGGCUUUUUUCCCACGGUGCUUAUCAACAAGAAGUCUCUCAAUUCAGUGCUUUAUUUUUCCCCACGGUGCUUAUCAACAAGAGAGUCUCUCAAUUCAGGUGCUUUCUUUUUCACAGUGUAUCAACAAGUCUCUCCAAUUCAAGAGCUUUCUUUUCCUAUAUUCAAGAGAGUCUCCAAUUCUUUCUUUUCCCCACAGUGCUUAUCAACAAGAGAGUCUCUCCAAUUCAGAGCUUUCUUUUCCCCACCAGUGCUUAUCAACAGAGUCUCUCCAAUUCAAGUUUUCUUUUCAGUGCUUUCUUUCCCCACAGUUCUUAUCAACAGAGUCUCCUCCAAUUCAGGCUUUCUUUUCCCUACGGUGCUUAUCAACAGAGAGUCUCUCAAUUCAGGCUUUCUUUUUUCCCCACAGUGCUUAUCAAAUAAGUCUCUCUCCAAUUCAGGCUUUCUUUUCCCCAGUGCUUAUCAACAGUCUCUCCAAUUCAGGCUUUCUUUUCCCCCACGGUGCUUAUCAACAAGAGAGUCUCUCCAAUUCAGGGGCUUUCUUUUCCCCCUGGUGCUUUAUCAAUUCAGAACUCUUUUCCCCACAGGUCUCUCCAAGAUGUCUCUCAAUUUUCUUUCACAGGUGCAUCAACAGAGGAAGUCUCUCCUCCAAUUCAGAACUCUUUUCUUCAAGAAAUUGUCUCCAAUUCAGGCUUUCUUUCCCCACAGUGCUUUCAACAGAGAUUCUCUCCAAUUCAGAGCUUUCUUUCCCCACAGUGCUUAUCAACAAGAGAGUCUCUCCAAUUCAGAGCUUUCUUUUCCCCCCCAACAAGUGCUCUCCAAUUCAGUGCUUUCUUUUCCCUAUAACAUCAACAGAUCUCUCCAAUUCCAGGCUUUCUUUUCCCCACAGUGCUUAUCAACAAAGUUCUCUCCAAUUCAGAGCUUUCUUUUCCCCACAGUGUUUAUCAACAAGAUAGUCUCUCAAUUCAGGCUUUCUUUUCCCCACAGUGCUUAUCAACAGAGUCUCUCCAAUUCAGGCUUUCUUUUCCCACAGUGCUUAUCAACAAUUCAGAGCUUUCUUUUCCCCAAUUCAGUGGUUUCUUUCUUUUCCCACAGUGCUUAUCAACAAGUGGUCUCUCCAAUUCAGAGCUUUUUCUUUUUUCCCCACAGUGCUUAUCAACAAGAGAUGCUUAUCAACAAGAGUCUCUCCAAUUCAGCUUUCUUUUUCCCCACAGUGCUUAUCAACAAGAGAGUCUCUCCAAUUCAGUUUGGUUUUUUUCCCCACAGUGCUUACAUCAACAAGAGAGUCUCUCCAAUUCAGGCUUUCUUUCCCCACAGUGCUUAUCAACAAAGUCUCUCUAAUUCAGAGCUUUCUUUUUCCCACAGUGCUUAUCAACAGAGAGUCUCCAAUUCAGUGGUUUCUUUUCCCAUAGUGCUUAUCAACAAAGUCUCUCCAAUUCAGGUUUUCUUUUCCCCAAUUCUUAUCAAGCAAGGGAGUCUCCAAUUCAGAGCUUUCUUUUCCCCACGGUGCUUAUCAACAAGAGAGUCUCUCAAUUCAGUACUUUCUUUUCCUAUAGUGAUUAUCAACAAGAGAGUCUCUCCAAUUCAGUGGUUUCUUUUUUCCCUAUGGUCUUUAUCCCAACAAAAUCCUCUCAAUUCAGAGCUUUCUUUUUCCCACAGUGCUACAUCAACAAGAGAGUCUCUCAAUUCAGAGCUUUCUUUUCCUAUAGUGCUUAUCAACAGAGGUCUCUCAUUCAGAGCUUUCUUUUCCCCACGGUGCUUAUCAACAGGGAAUUCUCCAAUUCAGAGCUUUCUUUUCCCCACAGUGCUCAACAAGAUAGUCUCAAUUCAGGCUUUCUUUUCCCCAGGUGCUUAUCAACAAGAGAGUCUCUCAAUUCAGGCUUUCUUUCCCCCACAGUGCUUAUCAACAAGAGAGUCUCUCCAAUUCAGUGCUUUCUUUUCCCCCCAGUGCUUAUCAACAUCAGAGUCUCUCCAAUUCAGAGCUUUCUUUCCCCACAGUGCUUAUCAACAAGGAGUCUCUCCAAUUCAAGGCUUUCUUUUUCCCCACAGUGCUUAUCAACAGAGAAUCUCUCUCCAAUUCAGAGCUCUUUCCCCCACAGUGCUAUCAACAAUAAGUCUCUCCCAAUUCAGAGCUUUCUUUUCCCCCAAGUGUUUAUCAACAAGAGGUCUCUCCAGUUCAGAGCUUUCUUUUCUCUGUUUAUUCAGAGUCUUUCUCCAAUUCAGGCUUUCUUUUCCCACAGUGCUUAUCAGCAAGAGAGUCUCUCCAAUUCAGGAGCUUUCUUUUUCCCCACAGUUCUUAUCAACAAAGAGUCACUCCAAUUCAGGCUUUCUUUCCCCACAGUGUAUCAGCAAAGGGGCUUUCUUUUUCCCCACAGUGCUUUCUUUUCCUCAAUUCAGAGCUUUUCUUUCCCUAACAGAGAGGUCUCUCAAUUCAGAGCUUUCUUUUCCCCCAGUGCUUAUCAACAGAAAGUCUCUCUCAAUUCAGGGCUUUCUUUUCCCCACAGUGCUUAUCAACAAAGUCUCUCAAUUCAGGGCUUUCUUUUCCCCCACAGUGCUUAUCAACAAGAGGUCUCUCUCAAUUCAAGGCUUUCUUUUCCCCCACAGUGCUUAUCAACAAGAAGUCUCUCAAUUCAGGGCUUUCUUUCCCUAUAGUGCUUAUCAACAAGAAGAGUCUCUCAAUUCAGAGCUUUCUUUUCCCACAGUGCUUAUCAACAAGAGUCUCUCAAUUCAAGUUUUCUUUUCCCCCACAGUGCUUAUCAACAAGAGUCUCUCCAAUUCAGUGGUUUCUUUUCCUAUAGUGCUUAUCAACAAGAGUCUCUCUCAAUUCAGGCUUUCUUUUCCCCCACAGUGCUUAUCAACAAGAGAGAGUUUCUUUCCCCCAAUUCAACAAGAAGUCUCUCAAUUCAGAGCUUUCUUUUCCCCACAGUGCUUAUCAACAAGAGAGUCUCUCCAAUUCAGAGCUUUCUUUUCCCUGGUAACUUAUCAGCAAAGGUCUCUCCAAUUCAGGAGCUUUCUUUUCCCCACAGUGUUUAUCAACAAGAGCUUUCUCUCCAAGUGUUUUCAACAACAAGUCUCUCAAUUCUUUUCUUUUCCCAGUGUUAUUAUCAACAAAGUCUCUCAAUUCAGGCUUUCUUUUCCCCACAGUUCUUAUCAACAAAGAGUUAGUCUCUCCAAUUCAGUGCUUUCUUUUCCCACAGUGCUUAUCAACAAAGAGAGGUCUCCUCAAUUCAGAGCUUUCUUUUCCCCACACAGUGCUUAUCAACAAGAGUCUCUCCAAUUCAGCUUUCUUUUCCCACAGUGCUUAUCAACAAGAGAGUCUCUCCAAUUCAGGCUUUCUUUUCCCCACAGUGCUUAUCAACAAGAGUCUCUCAAUUUCAGGGUUUUCUUUUCCCCAGUGCUUAUCAACAAGAGUCUCUCCAAUUCAGGGCUUUCUUUUCCCCACAGUGCUUUCAACAGAGGUCUCUCCAAUUCAGAGCUUUCUUUUCCCUAUAGUGCUUAUCAACAAGAGGUCUCUCCAAUUCAGAGCUUUCUUUUCCCCAUAGUGCUUAUCAACAAGAGGUCUCUCCAAUUUUCUUUUCCCCACAGUGUGCUUAUCAACAGGGUCUCUCAAUUCAGAGCUUUCUUUUUCCCCACCAGUUCUUAUCAACAAGAGAGUCUCUCAAUUCAGGCUUUCUUUUCCCCACAGUGCUUAUCAACAGGGAGUCUCUCCAAUUCAGGCUUUAUUUUCCCCCAGUGCUUAUCAAUAGAGUCUCUCCAAUUCAGAGCUUUCUUUCCCCACAGUGCUUAUCAACAAGAGAGUCUCUCUAAUUCAGGCUUUCUUUUCCCCGUGCUUAUCAACAAGAGUCUACCAAUUCAGGCUUUCUUUUCCCCACAGUGCCUUUAUCAACAGAGUCUCUCAAUUCAGGGUUUUCUUUUCCCCACAGUGCUUAUCAACAAGAGAGUCUCUCCAAUUCAGAGCUUUCUUUUCCCCAGUGCUUAUCAACAAGAAGUCUCUCAAUUCAGAGCUUUCUUUUUCCUAUAUGCUUAUCAACAAGAGUCUCUCCAAUUCAGUGCUUUUCUUUUCCCCAGUGCUUAUCAACAAGAGAGUCUCUCAAUUCAGGCUUUCUUUUCCCCGACAGUGCUUAUCAACAAGAGAGUCUCUCCAAUUCAGGGCUUUCUUUUCCAUAGUGCUUAUCAACAAGAGGUCCUCUCAAUUCAGUGCUUUUCUUUUCUUUUCAACAAGAGAGUCUCUCUCAAUUCAGAGCUUUCUUUUCAAGUUCUUAUCAACAAGAGGUCUCCAAUUCAGAGCUUUCUUUUUCCCCACAGUGCUUAUCAACAGAGGUCUCUCAAUUCAGGCUUUAUUUUCCCCCACAGUGCUUAUCAACAAGAGGUCUCUCAAUUCAGGCUUUCUUUUCCCACAGUGCUUAUCAACAGGAGGUCUCUAAUUCAGAGCUUUUCUUUUCCCCACAGUGCUUAUCAACAAAGUCUCCAAUUCUUUCUUUUCACAAAAGUCUCUCCAAUUCAGGUUUUUCUACACAGUGCCUUUAUCAACAAGAGAGUCUCUCAAUUCAGGCUUUCUUUUCCCCCCUUUAUCAACAGAGAGUGGUGCUUUCUUUUCCCUAUCAUCAAGAAAGUCUCUCCAAUUCAGGCUUUAUUCCCUAUAGUGCUUAUCAACAAGAGGUCUCAAUUCAGGCUUUCUACCCCCCCACAGUGCUUAUCAACAAGAGAGUCUCUCCAAUUCAGGCUUUCUUCUCUAAUUCAACAAGAGUCUCUCAAUUCAGGCUUUCUUUUCCCCACAAUUAACUAUCAACAUGAAAUUCUCUCAAUUCAGAGCUUUCUUUUCCCCACAAGUGUUUAUCAACAAGAGGGUCUCUCCAAUUCAGGCUUUCUUUUCCCCCACAGUGCUUAUCAACAAAGUGCUUAUCAAGAGAGUCUCUCCAAUUCGCGCUUUCUUUUUUUUCCUAUAUAUUCAAGAGAGCUUUCUUUUUUCCCCACAGUGCUUAUCAACAAGAGAGUCUCUCAAUUCAGAGCUUUCUUUUCCCCCACAGUGCUUAUCAACAAGAGAGUCUCUCCAAUUCAGGCUUUCUUUUCCCCACAGUGCUUAUCAACAAGAGAGUCUCUCCAAUUCAGUGCUUUCUUUCCUAUAGUCGCUUAUCAACAAGAGAGUCUCUCAAUUCAGAGCUUUUUUCCCACAGUGCUUAUCCAACAGAGAGUCUCUCCAAUUCAGAGCUUUUCUUUUUCCCCACAGUGCUUAUCAACAAGAGAGUCUCUCCAAUUCAGAGCUUUCUUUUCCCACAGUGCUUACUAUCAACAAGAGAGUCUCUCCAAUUCAGAGCUUUCUUUUCCCCACAGUGCUUAUCAACAAGAGAGAGUCUCAAUUCAGAGCUUUCUUUUCCCCACAGUGCUUAUCAACAAGAGAGUCUCUCCCAAUUCAGAGCUUUCUUUUCCCCACAGUGCUUAUCAACAAGAGAGUCUCUCCAAUUCAGAGCUUUCUUUUUCCCCACAGUGCUUAUCAACAAGAGAGUCUCUCCAAUUCAUAGCUUUCUUUUUUCCCACAGUGCUUAUCAACAAGAGAGUCUCUCAAUUCAGAGCUUUCUUUUCCCACAGUUUCUUUUCCCUUAUCAACAACAAGAGUCUCUCCAAUUCAGAGCUUUCUUUUCCCCACAGUGCUUAUCAACAGAGAAGUCUUUCCAAUUCAGAGCUUUCUUUUCCCUAUAGUGCUUUAUCAACAAGAGAGUCUCUCCAAUUCAGGCUUUCUUUUCCCAUAGUGCUUAUCAACAAGAGAGUCUCUCUCAAUUCAGAGCUUUCUUUUCCCCAGUGCGUUUAUCAACAAGAGAGUCUCUCCAAUUCAGGCUUUUUCUUUUCCUAUAGUGCUUAUCAACAAGAGAGUCUCUCCAAUUCAGAGCUUUCUUUUCCCACAGUGCUUAUCAACAAGAGAGUCUCUCCAAUUCAGAGCUUUCUUUUCCCCUAUAGUGCUUAUCAACAAGAGAGUCUCUCCAAUUCAGAGUUUUCUUUUUCCCCCACAGUGCUUAUCAACAAGAGAGUCUCUCCAAUUCAGAGCUUUCUUUCCCAUAGUGCUUAUCAACAAGAGAGUCUCUCCAAUUCAGUGCUUUUUUUUUCCCCACAGUGUUUAUCAACAAGAGAGUCUCUCCAAUUCAUAGCUUUCUUUUCCCCCACAGUGCUUAUCAACAAGAGAGUCUCUCCAUUCAUAGCUUUCUUUUCCCCUAUAGUGCUUUAUCAACAGAGAGUCUCUCUCCAAUUCACAGCUUUCUUUUCAACAAGUGCUUAUCAACAAGAGAGUCUCUCCAAUUCAGAGCUUUCUUUUCCUAUAGUGCUUAUCCAACAAGAGAGUCUCUCAAUUCAGAGCUUUCUUUUCCCCACAGUGCUUAUCAACAAGAGAGUCUCUCCAAUUCAGGAGCUUUCUUUUUCCUUAUAUGCUUAUAUCAACAAGAGAGUCUCUCCAAUUCAGUGCUUUUUCCCCACAGUGCUUAUCAACAAGAGAGUCUUUUCUCCAAUUCAGAGAGUCUCUCAAUUCUUUCUUUUCCCACAGUGCUUAUCAACAAGAGAGUCUCUCUCCAAUUCAAACUCUUUCCCACAGUGCUUACAACAAGAGAGUGCUUAUCCAAAUCUCAGAGCUUUCUUUUCCCUGCAGUGCUUAUCAACAAGAGAGUCUCUCCAAUUCAGUGCUUUCUUUUCCACAGUGCUUAUCAACAAGAGAGUCUCUCCAAUUCAGCUUUCUUUUCCCUAUAGUGCUUAUCAACAAGAGAGUCUCCAAUUCAGGAGCUUUCUUUUUCCCCAUAGUGCUUAUCAACAAGAGAGUCUCUCCAAUUCAGAGCAUUCUUUUCCCCAUAGUGCUUUAUCAACAAGAGAGUCUCUCCAAUUCAGAGCUUUCUUUUCCCCACAGUGUUUAUCAACAAGAGAGUCUCCAAUUCAGAGCUUUCUUUUUCCCCCACAGUGCUUUAUCAACAAGAGAGUCUCUCAAUCCAAUCACUUUCUUUUCCCUAUAGUGCUUAUCAACAAGAGAGUCUCCAAUUCAGAGCUUUCUUUUUCCCACAGUGCUUAUCAACAGAGUCUCUCCAAUUCAGUGCUUUCUUUUCCCAUAGUGCUUAUCAGCCAACAAGAGAGUCUCUCCAAUUCAGAGCUUUCUUUUUUUGCUUAUCAACAGAGAGUCUCUCCUCUCCAAGAGCUUUCUUUCCCCACAGUGAUCAACAAGAGAGUUAUCUCCAACAAGAGCUUUCUUUUCCCACAGUGCUUAUCACUGAGAGUCUCUCCAAUUCAGAGCUUUCUUUUCCCACAGUGCUUAUCAACAAGAGAGUCUCUCCAAUUCAGCUUUUCUUUUCCCCACAGUGCUUUAUCAACAAGAGAGUCUCUCCAAUUCAGUGGUUUCUUUUCCUAUAGUGUUUAUCAACAAGAGAGUCUCUCCAAUUCAGAGCUUUUCUUUUCCCCACAGUGCUUAUCAACAAGAAAUUCUCCAAUUCAGAGCUUUCUUUUCCCUCAUAGUGCUUAUUUUCUUUUCCCACAUGCUUUCUUUUUCCCUAUCAACAACAAGAGAGUCUCUCAAUUCAGAGCUUUCUUUUCCCACAGUAACUUAUCAACAGAGAGUCUCUCCAAUCUGUUUUCUUUUUCCCCACAGUGCUUUCAACAGAGAGUCUUUUUCCCUCACAGUGCUUUAUCAACAAGAGAGAGUCUCUCCAAUUCAGAGCUUUCUUUCCCCACAGUGCUUAUCCAAGAGAGUCUCUCCAAUUCAGUGCUUUCUUUUCCCUAUAGUGCUUAUCAAGAGAGUCUCUCCAAUUCAGGCUUUCUUUUUUCAAGAGUCUCUCCAACGCUUUUCCUAGUGCUUAUCAACAAGAUUCUCUCCACCAGAGCUUUCUUUUCCCCACAGUGCUUUCUUUUCCCACAGUGCUUAUCAACAGAAAGUCUCUCCAAUUCAGGCUUUCUUUUCCCCACAGUGCUUAUCAACAAGAGAGUCUCUCAAUUCAGUGCUUUCUUUUUCCCUACAGUGCUUAUCAACAAGAGUCUCUCAAUUUCAGUGCUUUUCUUUUCCCCACAGUGCUUAUCAACAAGAGAGUCUCUCAAUUCAGUGCUUUCUUUUCCCUAUAGUGCUUAUCAACAGAGUCUCUCAAUUCAAGAGCUUUUCUUUUUCCCCACAGUGCUUAUCAACAGAGGUCUCUCAAUUCAGUGCUUUCUUUUCCUAGUGCUUAUCAACAAGAGGAGUCUCUCCAAUUCAGUGCUUUCUUUUCCUAUAGUGCUUAUCAACAGAGUCUCUCAAUUCAGAGCUUUCUUUUUUCCCACAGUGCUUAUCAACAAAGUCUCUCAAUUCAGUGCUUUCUUUCCCCUUCAAGUGAUUAUCAACAGAAGUCUCUCAAUUCAGAGCUUUCUUUUUCCCAGUGCAGUGCUUAUCAACAAGAGAGUCUCUCCAAUUAAGAGCUUUCUUUUCCCCACAGUGCUUAUCAACAAGAGAGUCUCUCCAAUUCAGUGCUUUCAGAGCUUUUUCCCUAUAGUGCUUAUCAACAAGAGAGUCUCUCCAAUUCAGAGUUUUCUUUUUCCCAUAUGCUUUAUCAACAAGAGAGUCUCUCCAAUUCAGAGUUUUCUUUUCCCCACAGUGCUUCAACAAGAGAGUCUCUCCAAUUCAGUGCUUUUUUCCCCCUAUAGUGCUUAUCAACAAGAGAGUCUCCAAUUCAGAGCUUUUCUUUUCCCCACAGUGCUUAUCAACAAGAGAGUCUCUCCAAUUCAGAGCUUUUUUCCCCACAGUGCUUUUCCCCACAGUGCUUAUCAACAAGAGAGUCUCUCCAAUUCAGAGCUUUCUUUUCCCCACAGUGCUUAUCAACACAGAGUCUCUCAAUUCAGGCUUUUUUUUCCCCACAGUGCUUAUCAACAAGAGAGUCUCUCCAAUUCAGAGCUUUCUUUUUCCCCACAGUGCUUAUCAACAAGAGAGUCUCCCCCAAUUCAGAGCUUUCUUUUCCCCCAGUGCUUAUCAACAAGAGAGAGUCUCUCCAAUUCAGUACUUUCUUUUCCCCACAGUGCUUUAUCAACAAGAGAGUCUCUCCAAUUCAGUUUUUUUCUCCACAGUGCUUUCUUAUCAACUUCUCAAUUCAGAACUUUCCCCAGUGUGUUUAUCAACAAGAGAGUCUCUCACAAUUCAGAGAGUCUCUCCUUUCUUUUCCCCCACAGUGCUUAUCAACAAGAGAGUCUCUCCAAUUCAGUGCUUUCUUUUCCCCACAGUGUUUAUCCAACAAGAGUCUCUCCAAUUCAGAGCUUUCUUUUCCCCAUAGUGCUUAUCAACAAGAGAGUCUCUCCAAUUCAGAGCUUUCUUUUCCCCAUAGUGCUUAUCAACAAGAGAGUCUCUCCAAUUCAGAGCUUUCUUUUCCCUAUAGUGCUUAUCAACAAGAGAGUCUCAAUUCAGUGCUUUUCUUUUUCAUUAGUGUUAUCAACAAGAGAGUCUCUCCAUCUGAGCUUUCUUUUCCCUAUAAUUAACAAGAGAGUCUCUCCUUUCUUUUCCAUACAGUGUAUCAACAAGAGAGUCUCUCCAAUUCAGGAGCUUUCUUUCCCCACAGUGCUAUCAACAAGAGAGUCUCUCCAAUUCAGUGCUUUCUUUUCCCCCACAGUGCUUAUCAAGAGAGUCUCUCCAAUUCAGAGUUUCUCCUAUAGUGCUUUUCAACAAGAGAGUCUUCCACCAUCUUUCCCUGUGCUUUAUCAACAUGAGAGAGUCUCUCCCAAUUCAACAAGAGAGCUUUUCUUUUUUCCCCAUAGUGCUUAUCAGGGUGGUCUCUCAAUUCAGAGCUUUCUUUUCCCUAUAUUAACUUAUCAACAAGAGAGUCUCUCCAAUUCAGUGCUUUCUUUUCCUAUAGUGCUUAUCAACAAGAGAGUCUCUCCAAUUCAGAGAGCUUUUUUCCCACAGUGCUUAUCAACAAGAGAGUCUCUCCAAUUCAUAGCUUUUUUCCCACAGUGCUUAUCAACAAGAGAGUCUCCAAUUCAGUGCUUUCUUUUCCCUAUAGUGCUUAUCAACAAGAGAGUCUCUCCAAUUCAGAGUUUUUCUUUUCCCCACAGUGCUUAUCAACAAGAGAGUCUCUCCAAUUCAGAGCUUUUUUUUUCCCCACAGUGCUUAUCAACAAGAGAGUCUCUCCAAUUCAGAGCUUUGCUUUUUCCCCACAGUGCUUAUCAACAAGAGAGUCUCUCCAAUUCAGAGCUUUUUUCCCCACAGUGCUUAUCAACAAGAGAGUCUCUCCAAUUCAGUGCUUUCUUUUUCCCCAUAGUGCUUAUCAACAGAGAGUCUUCCAAUCCAGAGCUUUCUUUUUUCAGUCUUCUCCAUUCAGAGCUUUCUUUUAUCAACAUCAAGAGUCUCUCCAAUUCAGAUUUUCUUUUCCCCUACAGUGCUUAUCAACAAGAGAGUCUCCAAUUCAGGUUUUCUUUUCCCACAGUGCUUAUCAACAAGAGAGUCUCUCAAUUCAGAGCUUUCUUUUUCCCACAGUGCUUAUCAACAAGAGAGUCUCUCCAAUUCAGUGGUUUUUUCCCCACAGUGCUUAUCAACAAGAGAGUCUCUCCAAUUCAUAGCUUUCUUUUCCCCACAGUGCUUAUCAACAAGAGAGUCUUCUCAAGAGAUUCCAAGAGCUUUCUUUUCCCUAUAGUGCUUAUCAACAAGAGAGUCUCUCAAUUCAGAGCUUUCUUUUUCCCACAGUGCUUAUCAACAAUAGAGUCUCUCAAUUCAGAGCUUUUUUUCCCUAUUUGUUUAUCAACAAGAGAGUCUCUCUCAAUUCAGAGCUUUCUUUUCCCCAGUGCUUAUCAACAAGAGAGUCUCCAAUUCAGAGCUUUCUUUUCCCUACAGUGCUUAUCAACAAGAGAGUCUCUCCAAUUCAGUGCUUUCUUUUCCUAUAUAGCUUAUCAACAAGAGAGUCUCUCCAAUUCAGGAGCUUUUUUUCCCCACAGUGCUUUAUCAACAAGAGAGUCUCUCCAAUUCAGAGCUUUCUUUUUCCCCACAUGUUUAUCAACAAGAGAGUCUCUCCAAUUCAGAGCUUUCUUUUCCCCCACAGUGCUUUAUCAACAAGAGAGUCUCUCCAAUUCAGAGCUUUCUUUUCCCCAUAGUAAGCGACCAACAAGAGAGUUCCUCCAAUUCAGAGCUUUCUUUUUCCCACAGUGCUUAUCAACAAGAGAGUCUCUCUCCAAUUCAGAGCUUUCUUUUCCCCACAGUGCUUAUCAACAAGAGAGUCUCUCCAAUUCAGAGCUUUCUUUCCCCACAGUGCUUAUCAACAAGAGAGUCUCUCCAAUUCAGAGCUUUUCCCCACAGUGCUUAUCAACAAGAGAGUCAGAGCUUUUCCUACAGUGCUUAGAGUCUCUCUCCAAUUCAGAGCUUUUUUCCCCACAGUGCUUAUCAACAAGAGAGUCUCUCCAAUUCAGAGCUUUUUUUUCCCAUAGUGCUUAUCAACAAGAGAGUCUCUCCAAUUCAGGCUUUCUUUUCCCCACAGUCCUUAUCAACAUUAGAGUCUCUCCAAUUCUGUUCUUUUCCCCACAGUGCUUAUCAACAAGAGAGUCUCUCAAUUCAGAGCUUUCUUUUCCUAUAGUGCUUAUCAACAUGAGAGUCUCUCCAAUUCAGACUACUUUUUCCCCACAGUGCUUAUCAACAAGAGAGUCUUCCAAUUCAGAGCUUUCUUUUCCCCACAGUGUUUAUCAACAAGAGAGUCUCUCCAAUUCAGAGCUUUCUUUUCCCCACAGUGCUUAUCAACAAGAGAGUCUCUCCAAUUCAGGGCUUUCUUCCCCACAGUGCUUAUCAAGAGAGUCUCUCAAUUCAGAGCUUUUCUUUUCCCCACAGUGCUUAUCAACAAGAGAGUCUCUCCAAUUCAGGCUUUCUUUUCCCCCACCAGUGCUUAUCAACAAGAGAGUCUCUCAAUUAAGUGCUUUCUUUUCCAUAGUGCUUAUCAACAAGAGUCUCUCUCAAUUCAGAGCUUUCUUUUCCCCACAAUUAUCAACAAGAGAGUCUCUCAGUUCAGGCUUUCUUUUCCCCACAGUGCUUAUCAACAAGAGAGUCUCUCCAAUUCAGAGCUUUCUUUUCCUACAGUGGCUUAUCAACAAGAGAGUCUCUCCAAUUAAAGAGCUUUUUUUCCCCACAGUCUUAUCCAACAAGAGAUUCAGGCUUUCUUUUCCCACGGUCUUUAUCAACAAUAGAGAGUCUCUCAAUUCAAGCUUUCUUUUCCCCACAGUGCUUAUCAACAAGAGAGUCUCUCCAAUUCAGGCUUUCUUUUUCCCACAGUGCUUAUCAACAAAAGAGAGCUUUCUUUUCCCCACAGUGCUUAUCAACAGAGUCUCUCUCUCAAUUCUUUCUUUUCCCCACAGUGCUUAUCAACAAAGUCUCUCAAUUCAGCUUUCUUUUCCCAGUGCUUAUCAACUCUCCAAUUCAGAGCUUUUUUUCUUAUCAACAGUCUCUUGUGCUUAUCAACAAGAGAGUCUCUCCAAUUCAGAGCUUUCUUUUCCCCACAGUGCUUAUCAACAAGAGAUUCUCUCCAAUUCUUUCUUUCCCCACAGUGCUUAUCAACAAGAGUCUCUCCAAUUCAGAGCUUUCUUUUUCCCCAUAGUGCUUAUCAACAAGAGAGUCUCUCAAUUCAGAGCUUUCUUUUCCCCCACAGUGCUUAUCAACAAGAGAGUCUCUCCAGUUCAGGGCUUUCUUUUUCCCACAGUUCUUAUCAACAAGAGUCUCUCCAAUUCAGGGCUUUCUUUUCCCCCACAGUGCUUAUCAACAAAGAGUCUCUCCAAUUCAGAGCUUUCUUUUCCCCCACAGUGCUUAUCAACAAGAGAUUCUCUCCAAUUCAGGCUUUCUUUUCCCCAGUGCUUAUCAACAAGAGAGUCUCUCAGAGCUUUCUUUCCCACAGUGCUUAUCCUAGAGUCUCCCAUUCAGAGCUUUUUCCCCACAGUGCUUAUCCCAACAAAGAGUCUCUCCAAUUCAGGGCUUUCUUUUCCCCACAGUGCUUAUCAACAAGAGAGUCUCUCCAAUUCUUUUCAGUGCUUAUCAACAAGAGAGUCUCCAAUUCUGAACUUUCUUUUCCCCACAGUGCUUAUCAACAAGAGAGUCUCUCUCCAAUUCAGACUUUCUUUUUCCCCAGUGCUUAUCAGAGAGUCUCCAAUUCAGAGCUUUCUUUUCCCACAGUGCUUUCAACAAGAGAUUCUCUCAAUUUCUUUUCCCAAGAGAGUCUUUUUCAAUUCAGAGCUUUCUUUUCCCCACAGUGCUUAUCAACAAGUCUCUCCAAUUCCAGAGCUUUCUUUCCCCCAGUUCUUAUCAACAAGAGAGUCUCUCCAAUUCAGGCUUUCUUUUCCCACAGACCUUAUCAACAUUCUCCAAUUCAGAGCUUUCUUUUCCCCUGAGUUAUCAACAAGAGAGUCUCUCAAUUCAGAGCUUUCUUUUCCCUACAGUGCUUAUCAACAAGAGAGUCUCUCCAAUUCAGAGCUUUCUUUUCCCACAGUGCUUAUCAACAAGAGAGUCUCUCCAAUUCAGAGCUUUCUUUUCCCCACAGUGCUUAUCAACAAGAGAGUCUCUCCAAUUCAGGGCUUUUUUUCCCAUAGUGCUUAUCAACAAGAGUCUCUCCAAUUCAGGCUUUCUUUUUCCCCACAGUGCUUAUCAACAGAGAGUCUCAAUUCAGAGCUUUCUUUUCCCCACAGUGCUUAUCAACAGAGAGUCUCUCAAUUCAGAGCUUUCUUCCCCCCAACAGUGAUUCUAUCAACAAGCUUUCUUUCUCCCAAUUGCUUAUCAGAGAAUUCUCUCCAAUUCUUUUCCCCACAGUGCUUAUCAACAAGAGAGUCUCUCCAAUUCAGAGCUUUCUUUUCCCCACAGUGCUUAUCAACAAGUGUAAGAGUCUCUCCAAUUCAGUGCUUUAUUUUCCCCCACAGUGCUUAUCAACAAAGAGUCUCUCAAUUCAGAGCUUUCUUUUCCCCACACAGUGCUUAUCAACAAGAGUCUCUCCAAUUCAGGCUUUCUUUUUCCCACAGUGUUUAUCAACAAGAGAGUCUCUCAAUUCAAAGCUUUCUUUUCCCCACAGUGCUUAUUAUCAACAAGAGCUUAUCAACAAGAGGUCUCCAAUUCAGUGCUUUCUUUUCCAGUUCUUAUCAAUUAAGUCACUCAGAGCUUUUCCCACAGUGCUUAUCAACAAGAGAGUCUCUCCAUUCAGAGCUUUCUUUUCCCACAGUGCUUAUCAACAAAGAGAUUCUCUCAAUUCAGAGCUUUCUUUUCCCCACAGUGCUUAUCAACAAGAGUCUCUCCAAUUCAUUUCUUUUUCCCUAUAGUGCUUAUCAACAAGAGAGUCUCUCCAAUUCAGAAGCUUUUUCCACAGUGCUUAUCAACAAGAGAGUCUCUCCAAUUCAGGGCUUUCUUUUCCCCACAGUGCUUAUCAACAAGAGAGUCUCUCAAUUCAGAGCUUUCUUUUCCCCACAGUGCUUAUCAACAGAGUCUCUCCAAUUAGAGCUUUUUCCCUAUAAGCUUUCUUUUCCCAUAGUGCUUAUCAACAAGAGUCUCUCCAAUUCAGAGCUUUCUUUUCCCCACAGUGCUUAUCAACAAGAGAUUCUCUCCAAUUCAGAGCUUUCUUUUCCCCACAGUGUUUAUCAACAAGAGAGUCUCCAAUUCAGAGAGCUUUCUUUUCCCCACAGUGCUUAUCAACAGAGAGUCUCUCCAAUUCAGCUUUCUUUUCCCACAGUGCUUAUCAACAAGAGAGUCUCUCCAAUUCAGAGCUUUCUUUUCCCCACAGUGCUUAUCAACAAGAGAGUCUCUCCAAUUCAGAGCUUUCUUUUCCCACAGUGCUUAUCAACAAGAGAGUCUCUCCAAUUCAGAGCUUUCUUUUUCCCCACAGUGCUUAUCAACAAGAGAGUCUCCAAUUCUCUCCAAUUCAGUGCUUUCUUCUUUUCCCAUAGUGUUUAUCAACAAGAGUCUCUCCAAUUCAGAGUGUUUUCUUUUCCCCACAGUGCUUAUCAGCAAAGUCUCUCAAUUCAGAGCUUUCUUUUCCCCACAGUUCUUAUCAACAAGGAGAGUCUCUCCAAUUCAGAACUUUCUUUUCCCCACAGUGCUUAUCAACAAGAGAGUCUCUCCAAUUCAGAGCUUUCUUUUCCCCACAGUGCUUAUCAACAAGAGAGUGCUUUCUUUUCCCCAAUUCAGUCUCUCAAUUUCUUUUCCCACAGUGCUUAUCAACAAGAGAGUCUCUCAAUUCAGUGCUUUUUUUUCCCCAUAGUGCUUAUCAACAAGAGAGUCUCUCCAAUUCAGAGCUUUCUUUUCCCACAGUGCUUAUCAACAAGAGAGUCUCUCCAAUUCAGAGCUUUCUUUUCCCCACAGUGUCUCUCAAUUAGCUUUCUUUUUCCCCACAGUGCUUAUCAAAGAGAGUCUCUCCAAUUCAGAGCUUUCUUUCCCCACAGUGCUUAUCAACAAGAGAAUUCUUUCUUUUCCCACAGUGCUUAUCAGAGUCUCUCCAAUUCAGGCUCUUUUCCCCACAGUGCUUAUCAACAAGUCUCUCUCAAGAGAGCUUUUCUUUUUUCCCCACAGUGUAUCCAGUCUCUCAAUUCAGGCUUUCUUUUCCCCACAGUGCUUAUCAACAAGAGUCUCCAAUUCAGAGUCUUUUUCAGAGCUUUCUUUUUCCCCACAGUGCUUAUCAACAAGAGAGUCUCUCCAAUUCAGAGCUUUCUUUUCCCCACAGUGUUUAUCAACAAGAGAGUCUCUCAAUUCAGAGUUUAUCAACGAAAUCUCUCAAUUCCCUUUUCCCACAGUUUAUCAACAAGAGUCUCUCAAUUCAGAGCUUUCUUUUCCCCACAGUGCUUAUCAACAAGAGAGUCUCUCCAAUUCAGAGCUUUCUUUUCCCCACAGGUGCUUAUCAACAAAGAGUCUCUAAUUCAGGCUUUCUUUUCCCCACAGUGCUUAUCAACAAGAGAGUCUCUCAAUUCAGAGCUUUCUUUUCCCUACAGUGCUUAUCAACAAGAGAGUCUCUCCAAUUCAGAGCUUUCUUUUUUCCCCACAGUGCUUAUCAACAGAGAGUCUCUCAAUUCAGAGCUUUCUUUUCCCCACAGUGCUUAUCAACAAGAGUCUCUCUCAAUUCAGAGCUUUCUUUUCAGUGCUUAUCAACAAGUCUCUCAAUUCAAGGACUUUCUUUCCCCACAGUGCUUAUCAACAAGAGAGUCUCUCCAAUUCAGUGCUUUCUUUUCCCCACAGUGCUUAUCAACAAGAGAGUCUCUCCAAUUCAGAGCUUUCUUUUCCCACAGUGCUUAUCAACAAAGAGAGUCUCCUUAUCCAAUUCAGAGCUUCUUUUCCCCACAGUGCUUAUCAUCAACAGAGUCUCUCCAAUUCAGUGCUUUAUUUUCCUAUAGUGCUUAUCAACAAGAGAGUCUCUCAAUUCAGUGCUUUCUUUUCCCUAUAGUGCUUAUCAACAAGAGAGUCUCUCCAAUUCAGUGCUUUCUUUUUCCCCACAGUGCUUAUCAACAGAGUCUCUCUUCAAUUCAGAGCUUUCUUUUUCCCCACAGUGCUUAUCAACAAGAGAGUCUCUCCAAUUCAGAGUUUCUUUUCCCCAAGUGCUUAUCAACAGAGUCUCUCUCCAAUUCAGAGCUUUCUUUUCCCCACAGUGCUUAUCAACAAGAGAGUCUCUCCAAUUCAGUGCUUUCUUUUCCCUAUAGUGAUUAUCAACAAGAGAGUCUCUCCAAUUCAGUGGUUUCUUUUCCCUAUAGUGCUUAUCAACAAGAGAGUCUCUCCAAUUCAGAGCUUUCUUUUCCCUAUAGUGCUUAUCAACAAGAGAGUCUCUCCAAUUCAGAGCUUUCUUUUCCCCACAGUGCUUAUCAACAAGAGAGUCUCUCCAAUUCAGUGCUUUCUUUUCCCUAUAGUGCUUAUCAACAAGAGAGUCUCUCCAAUUCAGUGCUUUCUUUUCCCCACAGUGCUUAUCAACAAGAGAGUCUCUCCAAUUCAGAGCUUUCUUUUUACAGUGCUUAUCAACAAGAGAGUCUCUCAAUUCAGAGCUUUCUCCCCACAGUGCUUAUCAACAAGAGUCUCUCUCCAUUCAGCUUUCUUUUCCCCACAGUGCUUAUCAAGAGAGAGAGUCUCUCCAAUUCAGUGCUUUCUUUUCCCCACAGUGCUUAUCAACAAGAGAGUCUCUCCAAUUCAGUGCUUUCUUUUCCCCACAAGCUUUCUUUUCCCACAGUGCUUAUCAACAAGAGAGUCUCUCCAAUUCAGAGCUUUCUUUUUCCUAUAGUGCUUAUCAACAAGAGAGUCUCUCCAAUUCAGGCUUUCUUUUCCCCAUUCAGCUUUCUUUUCCCCAUUAUGCUUAUCAACAAGAAGUCUCUCCAAAGUGCUUUCUUUUCCCAUAGUGUUUUAUCAACAAGAGAGUCUCUCCAAUUCAGUCUUUCUUUUUCCCACAGUGCUUAUCAACAAGAGUCUCUCCAAUUCAGAGCUUUCUUUUCCCCACAGUGCUUAUCAACAAGAGAGUCUCUCCAAUUCAGAGCUUUCAAUUUUUUCCCCACAGUGCUUAUCAACAAGAGAGUCUCAAUUCAGAGCUUUCUUUUCCCUUAUAGUGCUUAUCAACAAGAGAGUCUCUCCAAUUCAGGCUUUCUUUUCCCCACAGUGCUUAUCAACAAGAGAGUCUCUCCAAUUCAGUGCUUUUCUUUUUCCCAUAGUGCUUAUCAACAAGAGAGUCUCUCCAAUUCAGAGCUUUCUUUUCCCCACAGUGCUUAUCAACAAGAGAGUCUCUCUAAUUCAGAGCUUUCUUUUCCCCACAGUGCUUAUCAACAAGAGAGUCUCUCUCCAAUUCAGAGCUUUCUUUUCCCACAGUGCUUAUCAACAAGAGAGUCUCUCCAAUUCAGGCUUUCUUUUCCCCUUAUCAACAAGAGAGUCUCUCCAAUUGCUUUUUCCAACUUAAACAAGAGAGUCUCUCCAAUUCAGAGCUUUCUUUUCCCCCACAGUGCUUAUCAACAAGAGAGUCUCCAAUUCAGAGCUUUCUUUUCCCCACAGUGCUUAUCAACAAGAGAGUCUCUCCAAUUCAGUGCUUUCUUUUCCCAAGUGCUUAUCAGAGUCUCUCCAAUUCAGAGCUUUCUUUUCCCCACAGUGCUUAUCAACAAGAGAGUCUCUCCAAUUCAGAGCUUUCUUUUCCCCACAGUCUUUUCCCCCAUCAGUCUUAUCAAGAGAUCACAAAGAGUCUCUCCAAUUCAGUGCUUUCUUUUUUCCCACAGUGCUUAUCAACAGAGAGUCUCUCCAAUUCAGAGCUUUCUUUUUUCCCCACAGUGCUUAUCAACAAGAGAUGCUUAUUCUCUCCAAUUAGAGCUUUCUUUUCCCCACAGUGCUUAUCAACAAGAGAGUCUCUCCAAUUCAGAGCUUUCUUUCCCCAUAGUGCUUAUCAACAAGAGAGUCUCUCCAAUUCAGUGCUUUCUUUUUCCCCAUAGUGCUUAUCAACAGAGAGUCUCUCAAUUCAGAGAGUGCUUAUCAACAAGAGUCUCCAAUUCAGUGCUUUCUUUUCCCUAUAUAGUGCUUAUCAACAAGAGAGUCUCUCAAUUCAGAGCUUUCUUUUCCCCACAGUGCUUAUCAACAAGAGAGUCUCUCCAAUUCAGAGCUUUUUUUCCUAUAAGUGUUUAUCAACAAGAGUCUCUCCAAUUCAGAGGUUUCUUUUCCCACAGUGCUUAUGCUUAUUCAACAAGAGAGUCUCUCCAAUUCAGAGCUUUCUUUUCCCCACAGUGCUUAUCAACAAGAGAGUCUCUCAAUUCAGAGCUUUCUUUUCCCCACAGUGCUUAUCAACAAGAGAGUCUCUCCAAUUCAAGAGCUUUCUUUUUCCCCACAGUGCUUAUCAACAAGAGAGUCUCUCAAUUCAGAGCUUUCUUUUCCCACAGUGCUUAUCAACAAGAGAGUCUCCCAAUUCAGUGCUUUCUUUUCCCCACAGUGCUUAUCAACAAGAGAGUCUCUCCAAUUCAGAGCUUUCUUUUCCCCACAGUGCUUAUCAACAAAGAGAGUCUCUCCAAUUCAGAGCUUUCUUUUCCCCACAGUGCUUAUCAACAAGAGUCUCUCCAAUUCAGUGCUUUCUUUUCCCAGUGCUUAUCAACAAGAGAGUCUCUCAAUUCAGAGCUUUUUUUCCCCACAGUGCUUAUCAACAA